CCAUUGUCUGGCCAGUAGCGGCAGCAGCAGCAGCAGCAGCAGCAGCGGCGGCGGUGGUGGCGGUGGCGGCAGCGGAGCGGAGAGCAACGGAGCGCCGAUCAGAGCGCAGGGGAGCGGCUUUACCGUGACCCCGAUCUGCGGGGAGAAAAGCGACCGCUGGUUGGAGAGCACCACGGACGGCGACGUCAUAUUUCGAUGUGAGACAGACCGUCGUUUUGCGGCGGUCAGACAGACAGCAACAGUUGUCACGAUGUCUGAGAUCAGAUGAGAAGAGAGCAGCGGAGUGAACAUUGCGGCGCUGCUCUGCUGUGAUUCGGGCCGGGUGGGAUAAACGUGUUGCUGCCGUGUCCUGUCUGCGAUGAUACAGCCGUCUUAACCAGCUGGUACAGCCAGGGGAGUGUGGUGUGCAUCUGUGUGUCAUUCGGGGCUUCGGCGUCAUUCGGCUCGUCAGCCAUCCCCCCCGGUUUGUGUUGAGGUUUGUCUGCGGGUGAGGUGAAUCCAGACGUCAGGGUGGGCUCAUGUUCCGCUCAGCAGGGAAACGGGCUGUUGCGUCUGCAGAGAGUCAGAGCUGACGAGCCUGCUGAGACACACGGACAGACAGGCAGGCACGCAGGCAGGCCAAGAGACAGACAGGGGCGAGGGGAGGGGGCGACAGCCUGUUUCGGCUCUCUCGACCCUCUGCGGAUCGAGCCGAGCCCCCUCCUGGUAUCCACCCAGAACCCCCACCCACUUGUCUCCCGCUUUGGAUGGGGGGAAAGCAGAGCACGGCGGGGCGGCCCCGGGGUGCUUUUCCCGGUGUCUCUACGGAUGACAGCGCGGUGCCACCCUCGGCCCACUUUGGCCACUACCGGCCGAGCGGCACCAUGGGCCUGCGGAGCCGCUCGGUGAGCUCUGUGGCCGGGAUGGGCAUUGAGCACAGUCCCGCCGUGCCCUUCGGCUUCUACACCCCCAGAGGGUCGGACUCGGAUCGAGCCGGAGGGGGGUCAGGGGGCACUACCGCUGCCCCUCAUGGUACCGGCUACCAAGACAGUGGGGGCGGAGGGCACCACACGGACGGAGUGCUCUAUCUGGGGUCCCGGGGGUCGCUGGCUGACACCUUGCCCCUGCACAUCGCACCCCGCUGGUUCAGCGCGCACAGCGGUAAGAGCGGCCUUUUCUGCACACACAUCGACAUAUUCGUGCACAACAUUAUGCAUUUAACCACAUGAACCAAUAUUUGUAAACAGGGGGAACAACAUACACAUGCAUACAGACAUCAGCUCUCCCUGUACACACCUUGUUUACCUGGAGGGUGACACUAUUGCAAGGUGCCAUUAAAUGUCAGUGUCAGGCCCACCACUGGACACCCUGGAGAAGAAGAGCACUAGAUGUAAUUCAAGGCUUAAAAUAUAUGUUUAUGUGCAUUCUCAAUUGUGUGUCCCCUCGUUUGGUAAACUGCAUCAUACCAUCAACAAUGAGAACCUACACAGGCAUAGUAUCAGCAUUAGGGCAUCAUGUAGAAGUGCCUGACAUUUACCACUUCAAUUUAAAAACAACUUCAACAGUUUGAGCUAAUUGAAAUGAAGUUAUAAGAAAUCUAGUCGUGCAAUGAAACACAAGUUUAGUCAAGCAGUCACAUGAAAAUGCUCUUAAUAGGUCAUUUGAUCAAAUCAGGGGAUCGCUGAACUCUGUGUGCAGAGGGAAUUAGAUUUAGACAGCAAAACAUUGCAAGGUGUGCUCUGUCUUGACUGUCUUCUCUGCACUGUCUGUAUAGGUCAUACCUUGUUGUGUAAAAUGACACUCAUAAGCCUGUUGCCAAAUCUGGCUGAGUCAAUUAGCCCAGCGAUUAGAGGGAAGGGGCAGAGGGGGGGUUGAGGCAGGGGAUGCAAAGGGAAGGGCUGGAAAGGACAGAGAAAAAGGCUGAAAAGGGGGCUUGUGGAUGAUCAUUGGCUUACUGCUCCACAACACACUCCUGGAUGUGACCGGCAAUCUACACACACCUGCAUCUGUGCAUUCACCAAUACAUAUAUCCACAUAUACAAAAAAUCCUGGACCACAUGGCCUCAGCAGGUUUCUUUACAGAUGCACAAAGGUACACAAACACUCAGCACAAAGUCCUAAAGGGAAAUUACACACUGCUUCUCAUGUGCACACCCAAAUACACACACGCACACACACAGCAGGCACACUCAGGUCCCCAGGCUCUUGUUACUGAAGCCCUGACCAGCUCACAGCAGGGAAAUAGCAAGUCGUACGUCAACAUCUCGGCUGUUUUUUCCUUGCCCCCAUUGCCUUGUGACUCUGAUGUUCUCCUAGAUCAGUCAUAGGAUGCAACAGAGCGUAUUAUUGGGGAAAAAAUGACAAAGGUGCACAUGUCAUAAAGAGUGUCCUUCAAGAGUACUAUAAAGGAAACACCAGUACAUGAAGGACUGGAACACCUUAUUUGAACCAGAGUAGCACAGCAGCAAAGAGAAGGAGAGUAUUUGUCUUAAGGGUGUGGUCAGCAGCUAGCCUGUUGCUACUGACAUAGGAAGGCUGGGUCCAGUCAGACUGCGAGGAGUCAGCAACAGAGCCAAACACCUCAUAUGUUGAUAUGGAGGUAACAAGGGUAAAGAACUGAAGGAAUAUCAUUCAAUUUUUACUGCAAAUAACAGUAAAUAUUUCAACAAAUACUCUGGGGUACUUUUGAAAGUUGCAUCCAUACAAUUUUAACUGCUAAACAGGCCCCCCUGAGAGAAAAGAGAGUAGUUAGCUAUACAAGAAUUACUUACAGGAACUCAUGGUGCAUUUCAUUUUCCACUGAAGUCAGUUGCCUGAGUGGAAACAAUACAACAUUUGAGUAAAUUGUGUUCCAGUUAAGAGCUGGAAGUUUUUUUAACCAUGGUUCCUGUUGUUGUAAGUGUUAGCCAAUCCCUGACUACAGGGAACAUGAAAACAUAACAGAUUGUACUGAUACUUUCAAUGUGGUUGAUUUCAUUCCACAGAACAAGACUAAGUUCCUAAGAAACACAUUUAAAAGAUUUUUUUUUUUUUAGUUGAAGCAUAGUGCAGCCAUCUUGGAUUUCAAGCUCAGGAUAAACUCAAGUCCCUCUGACUUUCCGACUCAGAUUUAUGACUUAAGGGGGAAGUUCCUGGGUGACGUACCUGAUUGACAUCUUGAGAUUUUUCACUGCUAAGGUCAAAGGGAAUAGACUAUGAUGCCAACCAGACAGUCAGCACGUUUUCAAGGAUUUAAGAAAUGAUUUAAUGUGAGCACACUACUCUGACUGAAAUUGCACUGAAAUCAAACUACUCGUAGACUAACACACCUGGAUAAUGCAGUUGGCCAGCUAUUUUUUGUGCAUGUAUACCGCUCAGUCGAGCUGAAACUGACCUGAGUGUUCAUCUGCCAGGCUAUGAGCUGAACAAAACCUCUCUGACAGUUUUGUUUCAGGAUGUAAAAGGGAUGAAAAUUUCCUAACAAAUGACUCAGAGCUGUAAAAGUGACAUCUUGUUAGCCUGUUACUAAUGCCUUUUGCACGUAAACUGGGAUAAGGACAGUAGUUGAAUUAAGUCGCCUAAUGGAGCGAUGACCGUAGCUUGACUUCACUGUGCAUGUAAAUAUACUGAAUAUUUUGUUUUUGAAAAGAAGAAACAGAAACACAGUUUUGUUCAUUAUUACUGAUUUAAAAGUACAAUAGCUGGUUAGGUAGACUUUGAAGGACGCACAGCGUUUAAAAACUGAAAUAUUUAGCAAUACAUAGCUGACAGAUUCUGGAUUGAAAUGCACCCCUGCUCCAAACUGUGAAGCGAUGGUGGCCCUUUAGGACAAAAAGCACCUGUGAUGCAUGAUAAUUAUAAUCCUACAUUUGUCAAGUUUUUACCAUCAAACACAUCUAUCUAUUCAUCUUUAAGCACACAACUGUGCUCUUCUUUGUCCUCAUAGUUUGCUCAUUCUGUGCUUACAGCAAAAACACAGCAGGUCCCUUUGUUAAAAAGGACCUGCCCUUUGUGUACAUAUGAAAGGCUCGUUCAAAGUCAACAAAACCAGUUGUUUAUUUAUACUCAGGUGAUCCAACUCUAUUUUAAAAAUACUUGUGAAUACUAUAUUCCAUUUCUACUGUGUCUGUUCUGCUGAAUGGAGCUAUUCUUCACACUGUAUCCUUGCGCUUUGACAUGUUUGAAAUUAGUAUGACCAUUGGCAAGAUGUUGCUGUUGGGUGUAGAAGUUAUAACAAAGCCAUAUGGUACAUUAUAAGUCCUAGACAUUGGAACAAUGGAUGAGUGGGACCACAAAUUCUCUUAUAAGCUGUGCCAGUAGGUGGAGUAAAUGUCAAUGUCAAAUGUCAGGAGUAAAUGUUUUUGUCAGUCUUUGUGAGCAGGCAGAUAGAAAAAGAUCUAAGAUGAACACAUGUUAACAAUUGGAAUCAGGGUUAGUACCUUCUGGAAGCUGUAAAUCUGGAGCUGAGAGAUGGUGGACUGCGCAAGAUCAGACGGCAAGAUAAUAUACAAAAAGAUUGACAGGCUUAAGACAUAAGUGACAAGUGUAGAGGCAAGAACUGGACCAACUGUGUGAGAACAGGUCAGGACCGACAAUAAUUUUUCUGCCUCUGCAAGUAAAGUUGCAGGUUUGAACUGUCAUUCUUCCUUUCAUUGGAGUCAAUGUGCUGUCAAGGAUGGUAAAGAGUUGGCUAUAUGGAUAGUCUAAGAAAUCUGAUGAGAGAGGCUCUUGUAUUUAGUGCUGAAGUAAAAAUUGGCUGCUCUUUUGGUGAGUUCUAUCACUCCUGACUGCUUGCAUGCUCCUUUAUAUUUCACUUGUAACUGUAGAAGAAAUCCUCUCCUCUCACUGGGGUUUUCUGGUGGUGACGGAGAAUAUAAGAGAAAUUUUGCUGCCUUCGGCUGCUUUCAGGACAUGUCUAAAAGCCACUGUCCUCAUUUAUCUAAGUGAGACCAUGGUACUGGCACAGCUGGGUGCCACUGCAAAAAGUGCUCCUGCAAAUGUAUCUAAGUAGUGUAAAGAAAAGUUCAUCCCAGUUUAAUUUUAGCUGCAGCACUGACCAAUGCCAUGGGACGUACUAUAUUGGUUUAAACUACACAUUAAUCACCAUGUAAGAUAGAAAAACUAGAGGCAAAGAGCUUGAGUUGCUCAGUAGGCCUGGAGUUUGAGUUCUCCUCCAUGUUGCCUCCACGUCUCAGACCAGGCGAGGCAGACUCACAUGACUACACACAGGUGAUGUAUUAAAGGGGACAUCAUGUCACUACACAUAAUUAGGAAAAUAAAAACUGAAUUUCUAGAAUGUGUUUAGAGGAUUACAAUUUAAAAAAAAAAACAAUAGCUGAUGUGGGCAAAAUCACACGAGUUAGAGGUUCUGUAUGUCAGCUUGGAUUUAUUUUGGAGUAAUUGCCCAGACCUUGGUGGAUGAUUUUAAUCACUUUUUAACAGUUUGUCUGAUCUGACCACAUUAAGGUCAAGAGAAAUGAAUAAUUAGACAUAAUUUGGGUCAUGGUUAAUUUGACUGACAGGUGAGUGCAUCGUAACUGUCAGGCUAUGGUCUCAUCUCCACCUCCUCACUGGUUUCAAGACUUAGCUGGAGGCAGUGUUUUUAUUAUAGCAGCUGCUGUCUUUGGACUCCUCUAUCUAAAAGAGAGUGGGUAAAAUCUUGGUCACUUUGUCCGGCUCUUAUACAGUCUUAAGACAAACCAAGACAUCUAUGCUGAAUUUCAAACAGGGCACAAAUGGCAGCUAUCUUUACUCCUAAGUGUGAAAUAGAUUCCAAGCCAAAAGCACUGAAGACAAUCUUUCAGGUAGUGUGUAAUCAAGUCACAGCUCAGGUGUUUUUGGGAAUCACAGCACAGCGAGGUGGUAGAAGACUUUUCUCUAUAGGGAAAAAAAUAUGGCAUCCCGUAUUGUGUUCUACACAAUGAACUUUUCGCUCUGAAACUAUCUGAGGUUUGACAUACUAUCAACCAAAUUGUCUCUAGCAGCAUAUGAUUUGAACCUGUAAAGCUACAUAUUGGUAAGAUGUGUUCUGCAAUGUACAGACUGUUUAGUAAAGGACAGAGAGAAACCAGAGUCAUUUUAAGGCGUUAAGCAGGGGUGAAUGUAGGAUAUGGUUCUUGCAGGUACUGUACCUGUAGGCUUUGUACAAGAGGAGCACACCUAAGUUUAACGAGGUGCCGACUCUGAUGCCACUGUAUCAUAAUCUGCUUUAUCUCUCUUUCUCUUGAACAUAAAAUCAAAUUUUCUCUGCAUUUUGUUUUAUUUCUGCAUUAAAGGGAUAUUCUGGCGUAAAAUUAAGUUAGGGUCAAACACACUGUAACACUGAGUUAGACACCCCGUUGAGAGAUGCUUGCUUCUCUAGUUUACAUGCUCAACAAUAACCCCACUCUAUAGCCACAAAUAAUGCUCAGAACAGCACCUAACUUCAUCAACAGUACAUAUAGGGUCCCAGCCACAGCACUAGCCACCAAACAUCUUUUUAGCUUUGCCUAAUUUCUUUAGCAAAGAGACUAAACACAACUCACCGUCUCUCUUCCAGCAGCCGCUUGUUUGUGUGGAGACCUCCGGGUGAGUCCAUUGAUUGCAGCGGGGUGACGCAGCUCAAGGAAGAACAUUUAUGAUCAUUUCUUCAUUGAAAUGCAGUCAGACCGAGACGCUAAGGCAGAAAAACUACACUGUCUGCAGUGCAAAAUGAUUAAUGUGAUGAUUAUUACUUCAAGGAAAUGAUAAAGUAAGGAAGCAAGGAAAUGACACUCGAUAGGGUGUCUGACUCGGUGUUACGGUGUGUUUGACCCUAACUUGAUUUUACGCCAGAAUAUCCCUGCAAGAUUUAACUAGCUAUCCCUUUCAAAGUUCCCUCCUUCCGCAAAAGGCGGGAUGCGACCGCCUGGGCAACCAGCGUCCAAUCAAAAGUGCGCACUGAGCGCUUAUUUUAGAGCUUGCCUUGUUAUUAAUUAUAUUCGGACAAGGCAAGCGCUAAAAUAACAUUUGUAGAUGGAGCCAUCUUGUUUCCGCCUCUGAUUUUUCUUUUUUCCGACCUGAUAACUGAAACGCUGGUAACUCGGGUGUGACGUCAUUCCCAGCUCGGAUUUCAGACUUCCGGUGUAACUCGACCGCUGCGACACUUCUAGAGUUUGUUUGUUUGUUUGUGGAAGCAAAUACGACUCACUCAAAAGCAGCAUGGUCCUAUUGGAUUAUAUUGGAUUGGUUAUAAUGCGGAGUGCAGGCCGACGUGCGGCAACAUGGUAAGCAAAUGUAGCCGACAUAUAUCACAGGGGUGAAAGUUUGUGUACCGCUGCGUACAGGUGUUAUGCCAUAAAAUGCACCCCUGCCGUAGAAUGCACCCCCUGACGGGAGCGCGGUUCCAAGUAUUUAACAAGGCGAAAUAAUCCAAGUUUUCCUUACCAUUGGAUGGAUUCAAACGUGUGUGGCUUUAAUGAUCUCAUUCAGGCUAUUCAAGAUAAGCCGAAAACAAUAGCCAUCUGAUUCGGAAUAUUUGCUGUCCCGAAAAUAUAAUGUUCUCUACCUUAACAGCUUACUGUACAGUUGAUAUACUCAAGUACACCUCUAUGUGUGCAUUUUUGGGACACAUACAAACAGAACGAAAGUUUUCUGCUCCAUUUGACGUGCUAUCAUGAUCUAAUACUCGUGUUUUGCUUUAAAAUAAGAUAUUCUCCUCCACUUUAAGAAACUAGUGAGUGGAUGGGAUGCAGGGGUGCAUUCAACAGCACAACACCGGCUGUAAACUGCUGUUUAUGUUUUCCCGGUACGGUGUACCGCUGUGUAGUGCCACCGGUAGUAAGUGUCGUAAUCUGAACAAGAUCAGAGUUUCAUAAAGUUACGGUGCUGUCAGGAAAGAGAUACUAUUAUGCAUAACAAAUCAUCUUGCUAAGAAUGCAUCUGGCCUUAUAAUAAUCACUUAAGACCAGUGGUGCCGGUGUUUGAGUAAACCAGACAGGAAAAUAAUGAUCUGAUAUCAGUCGUUUCAAACAACAGUGGAGCGUCAGGGCUCACAUGUUCAUUUUAGUGAAGAACUAUUAGUUUAAGACCUGUCUGUGAGGUAGGUUUGUUGAUGUACCCCCUUUCUAAAUGUGUUGGUAGCCUACUGAUGCAGCUCUACCAGGUAUAAGAACAGUCUUAUACAUGAUAAGCCUGUGAUGAUUUCACAUAAGACAACCGAUCCGUUUUUUAAAAUUCAACCAAAAAUUAUUAAAUGUAUAGUUCCAGUGUGAUAGGCAUUUUGUAGCUCAUGGGUGGCAUGUGCCAUAUUAGAAAUAUUAACAUGAACCACGCUUUAAACAAACAGGCAAAGAGGAGAAGGUGAGGCAGACUCUCAGCUACAAUACUAACCUGUUCAUUAACUCAGCCGUGCCAUGAGUUAUGCAUAUUUAUGUAGAACCCUAAGCCUUUAUAUUAUCUAAAUCAGUCCAUGCACAGUUUGUAUGAAUAAAUAGAUAAGCCAUAUACCCCUCCAAAGUUUUUUUUUCACUGGGCUGUAAACAAUUUUAAGGCAAAGUUCCCCAGGGUAGAAUUUGAGGGUUUCAUCAUUUACAUAAUAUCAACAAAAGAUGCAAAGUACCUGAAGAAAUGUCUGUACAAUCGGUACAAAGUCCAAAAACAAUACUGCCGUCCUCCUCUGUGAAAUGGCUGUUAAUGAGACAGGUCACAGGUGCCUCUCCCUGUUUGCCCUUGGUAUGUGUGUGUGUGUCUGUAUUUAUGAAUGAGAGACAACAAGGGAGAACAGAUUUUCAAUUUAUAAUUUGAGAUAAAGGCCUCUGUGUGUAUGUUUGUGUGUUCAAGUGUGUGUGUCCAUUCUGAUGUUAUAUGUGGCUACAAUGCAAAUGAUAAUCAGGGCAGAGACCAAAAGAGCCUUACAGUCGCAUCUGUAGAGUAGCCUUAUGCUGCCUCUCUCAGCCAUUGCAUCAUCUUAUACACAAACAGUCUGUGACACACACACACACACACUCAGUGACCGAGCGCACACACACACAGUCAUACAGGGAGCAGGAGCAGUCGAGUUGCCUCUCUCCUCCAUCCAUCUUUGGCUGGGUGCAGGUAGAGGUCAAACAAACCUCGUCAGGCGCAUUAAAUGGCUGCUGCCAGAUCCCUGCACAUGAAUGGGCCGGAGGAUGUAGCAUUCAUUCAUGUUUUCACAGCAGCCUCAUUCUAGGCCUGUCUGGACUUCACUGCUGACAAAACAUAUGGCAGCUCACAUCUUUGUCAAAUCUCAUCUCACAGAGAGGAGUUGUGCCCAGAUUCAGUCGAGUUUGUUGGGUUGACUCUGGAAAAAUUAUAUUUAUUAGCUCAGUUAAUUAGAUCUGCUGGACUCCUGCUGUCUUUGUCCUUGUCCACCUCAGGUAUACUAAAAGUUGAGUUGAGUCAGCAUUUUUUAUAUGACCAAACUUCGCUUCAGAAACCAAUGGGUAAUGAUGUUUGCGGGGGCUACUAUACUGCACAUGUAUGAUACAGUUGUUGGAUUUAACCUGUUGAAAUAACAAAACAAAGCAUCUUAAAACACUCAGUGUGUUUACAUGCACAGCUUGAUCGGACUAAGCUCAUAAUUCGUUUUUUUUUGCGCCGAAUCGGACUUCUCUCCUUGUGUGUGUAUACAUGCAGCUGUGAAUAUCGAAUUAUGAACGUGUCCUCCUCCCCAAAACUAGGGGGCAAUAUGGGUAUUUUCAGUGGCGCUGUUUCUGUUUGACCCCAUACAACUGCUGCUGGGCAUUUUCGAGCAAGACAAUGGAGCAUCGUACAGCGUUGUUUUUGUUGUACAUAAUGUACAAGCUACUUUUUCUGCAGAUGAGGUGCACACCACUCUGGUGUUUUUGUUACACAGUUGUGGCGCACAUGCACAUGCAUUGUCCAAUCAUACUCUGACUAUGCUGGUUACAUGGUAGAGAAAAUCGAAUUCCAAUCGCAUUAUUUGGGUGUCUUAAUCGGAGUUCUCUGACUCGAAUCGGAGUUCUUAAACUCUGAUUAUAGUUGGGCUCAGGUGUUGAUAUGCACUUUGAUUUCCGGUCUUACUCAGAGUAAGGCAAUAAUCCGUUUUUCUUGGGUGUCAUGUAAAUGUACUGACCGGCUCAUCUAUAUUUCUACUUGCUAGCUCCAACCGGGGGUAUUAAAAGAGACCCUAGAUAGCCCUGAUGUGGGGUGUAAACUGAUGAAAAGUGAGAACUUAAAAAGGAAGAGACUUCUCAUAAAAACACAUGGCUCAGCAAGCUCACUUGAAUACUGGUAUAUCUGUCCAUCAGGCUACCAGCCUGUUUCUCCGUACAGUACUGUGGUGAGCAACAGGCCCAGACUUUAAGAGUUCAGUUUUUUUAUUUGGUUGGUCUCACCAAAAGCUUUUGUUUCUUUAAAAGUCCCUGGGAGUGGGUCAACUCUCUACAAGUCAGCCCCCUCUUAACUCUCAUCUUCUCAACUGCAGCCAUUCACCUGUGUCUUGUGAUACCAUUGACAGGAGAGAAAGCAUGCACUUUGUGUGCACUUCAUGAAUGAUACAUUUAAGUCAAUCAGAUAACUCAAUGACAUUUCAACACAACUAAAACCCUAAAGUCUUAGUUUAGUGUAGAAACAAGAGGAGCCUUAAACUUGUAUAUCACUCUUCACUGUAUUGUUGUCAUGGCUGUGGCUGUUUUAACAAGUAGAAAAUCAUAUUUAAUGCAAAGUUCCAUUGUCGCUACUUUGGAGUGAAAAUUCAGAUGGGAAAUAGCAAUUCAUGCUGAUUUCCAUUAGUUCUUAUCGGCAAUCAACUGAGUAAAUUAAAGAUGCUGAUGAUAACAAAAUAAAGAGAUUAGAUCAACUAAACAUGAUAAAAACAUGAAUUGCUGAGCGUCAAACUUACUCAAGCUCUAUGUAAGAAGUUACAAAAGUUACUGUGAAAAUGGCCCAAAGGGAUUGCAUUAGAUUAACCUUCCAGAAAGUUAAAAGUUAGCUUCUAGUUUAAAAUCCAUUUGUGUCUAAAUUAUUUGUAGUUAGGGAGUUGUUAAUGAAAGAGUACCAGAAUUCUCCUUGCAUCUUGGGGCUCUGGAGGUUGAUUGUUUUUCUCUGACCUGUAUCCUGACUGACUGAGAGUCACCUUUUAGAAAGACAUAUUUCUAGAGGUAGAAAAGCUGAGAGACAGGCAGCCCUGCAGAGACUCAGACAGUGAGAGCCUAUAGCCUGGACACAACACACAGAAGUGACUAUACUGUACAACACAGAGCUUUAGCAACCCUUUAAACUUUAUAUCCAUCAGUCAAGCACUCCCCUCCACCCGCCUGCCUCUCUAUUGACACAUCCUGUCAAUACAGCAUCAGUGCUUAAUCAAUACAGCAUUUGCACUCUUUUCCAUCCCAAAAAAGUUUAAUCCCUGCCAACCUUGGCUGCCAAAUCCCUAGCGGCAGCUUGUAAGUGGAAAAGCAUUUUUAACGCCUAAUUAAAUUGAGUGUUUGUAAAGAAUAAAACAGAAAAGAAGAGAAAGCCACACUGUUCAAUACAGGCCUAUGCAGAUCAGUCACAGUUCUCCCAGCAGCUACAACAGUAACCAUCUGUGGUUGAACAGUAGUGAUGGGUCAGUUCACAGAUCAAUUAUUCAUUUGAACAAUACUUUUAUAAGCAGGCAAGUUUGAAUCAGUUCAUUGCUGGAACAGUCAGACCUCUUUGGUGCUGGAGAGGCCUGAUAUCAAACUUAUAUUACACAGUGGCGUAAACAGUGAAGAGCUAAAAUAGUCAUCUUAUUUUAGUUUACAAAGUUUCAACCUCUGUUUGUUGAUUUUUGACAGCCGGCACUCAUGCACUAAAAGUGUGAUGAAUCAGUGAACAUUUCACACAAGUUAUUCAUUUGCAUUUGCAUGACUUUUCACAGACUGAUCACUUACUUUGAUUUCUGUAAAUCACAGUAAAUACCAAAAGAAAACUAUGUUAUUUAGGUCACAAUCACAUCAAAGCUGUUUGGUCCACUCUAAACCAAGGGGCAACCUCUACCCUUGAGAAAGGAAACCGGUCAAAACCACAAUUCACUGGAGAGCAUGUACACACUGAGCCAAACAAACCUGUUGUUGGAGUAAAAAAUAAACGCGUUUACAGCCUGGUUAAGAAAAAAAAGACUUUCAUCUGAUUAGCUCGGGGCUCCCAUAGCACCCACGGUAGGGGGAGUGCUUUUUUAUUCUUUUGUAACACAUUUGUCACAAAGGUAUUUGGGAUACAAGAUCAUUGAAUUAUAAUACGGCUGACUUGACUGACAGGCAGGCGCGGUGUAAUUAUUUGUGAGGAGGCUAAAGGCCUGCUUCUGGUAGGUUAAUCAAAUAUUCAGUUGAGACGGCAUUCCCAGUAUGGUGACCAUCAAUUGGCUUCAAAUAUCUGCUCCAGAAACAGAUGACGUCACUGACGCUGAUCCAUUUCCUUGGAUAGUUCCAUAUGUGAAUGCCUAUUUGGACUCUGGUGCAGACCAAACAAGUAAACUUGAAAACGGGGAUCAUGGUUCAUGUCCAAGUGAACCCUGGUGUGGUUUGUUAGAGAUGUGAAAGCAAAUUGAAACCGCUUAUAAACCAAAGGGAGGAAGUGGCAUCAAGUACAUGAUGUCAAUACUUGACAUCAAGUAUUGUCGGUCAGUAUCUGUGUCAGGAUACCUCACUAAGCGUCUGUGUAAGCACACUAUAUUCUUCUGCUCUCAGUUCUUCAGUUCUGAUUCAUUCAACUCAUGUAAAUAACAAAAAGAUUGACAGCUCGUUGCUCCAUCUGCUGCUGGGCGCCUUAAGGAUACAAAAGCAAAGGCAGGAGCCCCAAAAUUGUGUAAACUUCAUGUUGAUUCAUUAGCUAAGACGUGGAAAGGUCAUGCCCUCUGCCCUCUUUCCUCUGGUCAUAAACCUAUAGGCAGGAACUGAGAGUCGGAUACUCUCAUGAAAAAAACAGACGUAACUCAGCGUUAUAUUGAUUUAUUGAUUUAUUUUAAUCUGUCAUAAAUCCCCAUAUAUUUUGGCAAUCACCAUAAAAAUAGCUAUUUAGACUUCGCAGCUCAUUAGGACAUACUUUAAAAUCAUUAUUCAGUGUCCCUGGAAGCAGUGAUUUAAUUUUCACUGUAAGUAUAAUCUGCUAAAAUUUAUAGUGUGAAUUUCACUUACAGCAAAUAGGUACGAAUGAGGAGGGGAGACAGGUGUUUGUGUAUGUGUGUGUGGGUUUGGUGGGGGGCCAGAUUAUAUUCAUUGCUAACUAAAUGCAGUAGCUCUGCUUUGUGAUGUGAAUUCUAUUGUGGAUUUAUUUACACAAAUUACAGUUUCAAAUGCUUUUAUAAAUUUAUUAUUUUAGCUGAGGACCUUAACUGCCCAUGGGGAACAUCAUGCAAUAUAAUCUCUGAAAAAGACAGCACUUCUGUUGGCCCAAUGACACUGAAAUGACCAGGCUUGUUUUAAGUAAAUCAUCAUGGUGACCUUCCAAUGAUCAUCAAAAGAGAGCCAGCUUUGUGUUGCUGAAAAACUCAGAAUUUAUUCACUGUUAGAAUCAAAUUCAGCUUACUCAGAAUUUCACUCAAGUUCACCUCUCACUACCAGCAAUCAACAUUUAAAAAAUCCACUAACAUGCCCAAUCCAGCAACAGACAUUCAAGUUCAAUGUUCAAGAUUGUCAAUGAAAAAGAUAAUAGUGACUGCGACCAACGAUGAGGUGAAGUGUAUACCCUCUAUAAUUGCAAUUUGCAUGAUCAGGUUAGUGUUUCUUUUGAGAUCUUUUGAGAUGGAGAAAAAAAAGUCACAUUUCAUUCGUAGUCAGUUGUUUUUGGCAUUUCUGGAGUCUGCUGUGACUUUUUGUAUCAAAUGGCAUAAAAGAAAAUAGUCCAAUUUAUAUGUCGCACAAAGCCUUUUAUAGAGGACUUCUGAUGGAGGAUGUCUUGCUCACCCUGUUGGGGUUCCUAUUUGCAUGACCACUCAUUCAGUAGUCAUGAUCACUUACCUAAUUGAUGUAAAGCUGGGAUUCCUGGAACAUCAGUUAUAUAAUAUUCAAAAAGUGUUUCACUCUCAUGUUUGUCCUUGAUGCUUUGAUUGUGAAAGCCCAGUAAUCACUCCUUCUAACUCUGUUUGUCCCACUGGCUAUAAUCACUAACUUUGGUGAAAAUGAACUAACCCGAUAAAGCUUUGUGCUGUUCAACUCGAAUAAGAAGCCAAAAGAUGCUUAAAACCUCGAGAGGGUCCAACAGGAGCUGAGGUAGUUGAGGAGUUUUCAUUAUGAGUGUCCCUUUAACCUUGAACAAACAUUUGAACCUUGAUUAAUAAAAAAAAGUAUAUAGAUUAGUGCUGAUCAAUUUAGCAUUUGUGCACACACUUGUAUAAUCAUUGACUAAAGCUUACUGUUAAGGAAAUGUUGCACACAUGAUAACCAUAUAAAGACACAUCCACACUCAGUUGUAGCCCGUCAAACGCACACGUGUUCACUGUUAGUUUAAACCAGGUUAAAGGUUGAAGUGGCUCUUUUGGAAAAGCACCGUGUAAUCUGCAGCCUGGGAGUUCACUCACCCAUCUGAGGUGCAAACCAAUUACUCAACAGCCCCAUUACUUCCUCUGUCCCGCUCUCUCUGUCUCGCUGAGCUGAUGUGCGUGUGCCAUUGUUCUCAGAUUACAGACACAUAAGUAAAUCUUCUGCCUCUCUACACAGGUGCUUUUUAAUUUAUAUGCAAAUAGUGAUUACUGUGUGAUAAACCAUGCACAUGGACACAACACAUGUUUGUCUUGUACUUCACCAGCAACAGGCUUUGUAUGGUCGCCUCCACACCAACUAUAAAUCAAGUAUUAGAGUAUGUCAGUUUCUGUAUGCAUAGCAGAAACUGAAAACAAGCUUCUGUCCAAGGCGCGGCCACACUUUGAUGAAGUCAAGCUACAAAUGACUGAUGUAUGACUUCAGUUGCUCAACAGUCCAGGGUCUCCGUUGUCGUAUUUUUUAAUUCACCAUACAUUUUCAGUGGUAGACAGGUCUGGACUGCAGUUGGGUCAGUCUAGUACCUGUACCCUUCUACUACAAAGAUAUGCUGUUGUAAGGUGUGCAGAAUGGGUCUUAGAGUUGUAGUGAUUUGAAAUGAGCCUCACACGGUCGCACCAAAAUAUAUUUAGUGAUUUGAAAUGAGCCUCACAAGGCCGUACCAAAAUAGUACUGUAGCGAUUGGAAUUUAUAAUAAAUGUCUGAAGAUUAAUAAUCUCAAAUUAUGACAUUUAUGCACUCGUUGAAAGGGGCACCACCCACCCUUAAUGGUGGGAAAAUAAAGAAAACAAAAGUUUAAUUCAGAAAUCAAACAUCAAGUCAGUUUUAAUUAAUCAGUCUUAAUUAAUCAGUCUUAAUUAAUCAGUCUCAUAUCUUAAGUCGAAAUUCUAAUUUCAGGGACUCCACUUCUGGAAGAACACUAACAGACAGGAACUUAGAAAAAUAAUGAUCUGUUUAUUACAGGAUAAAUGAUGGUACAACACAUAUGCAAUAAAUGAUGAUAAGAUAAUGAGGAUAAAAUAAUAAUAGGUGAAUAAAUAAAGAUUCUGAGUCAGGCUAGGAGCACUAAAGUUAAUGAUAGUGAGUGAAUAUGCGCUAACAUAUUAACCUACACUAACUUUGGUGUCGAGAUAAACUCGGAUGUGGAUUUGGAGGAAUCUAAGAUCACCAGAAAUAGGUGGAUAUCUGAGUUACGAACGCAUGAGACAGCACCAGCCCUCUUUGGAGCUCUGGAGGUUUGCAUACUUAAGUGAGACUGGUCCUUGGAGAAGAUGGAGCAGGUUCCGAAGGUCCGGGCUACUGGCGGUUCGAGCGGUUCAGCUCAGAAGACGACUGAAGUCAGCCGAAGGAUGAGCCAGGAGUUGCAGCACUCGGGCCCGAAGCAAAGCCAGCGCCUGUGGAUCCUGUGGAUGCUCGUUUGGGUACUUCUUUGGUCUCACUCAAAAACUCUGGCACAGAGGAUGACCUGGGCCUGUUGGGUUGCGUUCGGAGGUGACUUUGAAAUCACGCAGAAAACUCAGAAAAACGAGGCUCGAAGAGCAGAGAAAACUUUCAAAAAUGGCUUCGCGAAAUUAAAGAAAAAUCAAUCAAAGGCUUAAUCUUGAAUUGCUAUGUGCACAAAAAGUUGAAGUUUCAAAACUUGAACUAAGACGAUGUUAAAGAAAAAUCAACGUGAAUCAACACGUGGCGUAAAACUUAGUAGACCAAGAAAAAGUUCUAAGAGAAAACAAAGAAACGCACCACAGAAGGGUGUGGGCAGAAGAGAAGGGGCAUAAGAGCCGGGGACAAGAGAGUCAGCAGAAGAGCAGAAGCAUAAGAGGAAUAAGAGAGAGCAUAAGAGAGUGAGCAACCCCACUCCACUGGUUUUAUCUUCUCACACUGGGAGUGUCUGAGGAGAAAGAGGAGGGUUCAUGGGGUCUCUGAUUAUUUGAUCUAACUUAUUCUUUUGGCUGGUAAAAGAGUCAGAUCUGAUACUCACUCACUAUGAUUAAUAUCAUUGAAUGCUUGGUUUCAUGAUAAAUAAUUUGAUACUAAACACAUAUGAAUGAAGUGUAGGAUCACAUCAAACAUUCUCAUUAUGCUUUAAGUAUCACAUUGAACAUGCUAAAUUACUCUGAAAUGGAAACAGAUAGUAACACAUGGAAACUGUGAACAACAAAAGAGUAAACACAUGUGAAUGAACUUCAUCAUGAUUAAUAAUGGAUUCUAAAUACUCACAUUCAGAUUAUUCAAUGACAUUAUAACCACCUAAUGGUUAAAAAUACUAAAUAAACAACUAAAAUAUAAACCAAACAUUUCUAAACUAUUUCUGUUACUUAGAGUAAACUUAGGAUUCAUAGUCAAUAAAUUUAACUCUUAAAAGUUCAUGAAACAGUCUGAAAAGCUGUUGGUCUAAAGAACUAAAGAAUAAGGAUUUAUUCUGUCAGAUAAGAUAACUUGGCUUCUGAAGCACAUAGAAAAACGGGAAACAUCUCAUUUUAACACAAAUUUCAUGAUUAGACAGAUUAGUACAUUGCUGAAUGCAUAAGAUGUCAUGAUCAGUCAUUUGUAUUCUUUCACCAAAGGAAUGCAGUCUUUAUCAGUGUAUGGUCGAGCAGGGUUUUACGACCGAGGUCUGGAGGUCAGUGUCCCCCCUUAUCCUGGGGUCCGUAUGUUCACACACUUUAAGACGCUAAAUCUCAAAUGGGAGAUCUGGGUUGAGACGUUAAUGUUUAUUUAGAUGGUCAGUAAUGGAGUCAGUUUGAAAGGUAAUAAAAACUCUGUCUCUGUUCGCCGAACUGACCAAUCCUGAAGAGUCAGAGGUUUAGUCAACCUAUGGUAGGGUCACUUAUUUAACCUGAAAGUGCAAACACGUCUGGAAAGAUUUAUAUCCUGUUUCCUGGGACCAGAUAAGGAAACUUUCCUGUAAGGAAUGUGUGGGUUUCACAUCCAGGGUUGUCUUGAUUGCUACAGUCCCCCCUUCGUCACGGUGGUCCUGUCCAUGGAGCAUCGGGACGACGAGUAGACAACCAUGAAGCAGCAGCAGGUGUAUGCAAAUAGGACUGAUGCGUCUCGUCAUCACUAUGUGAAUCACUAGUACUGCUUUGAGAUAAAAUUAAGCAUGCAUUAAGCUAUCAAAUAAAAUCGUCUAGGUGUUAGACUUUUCUCAGUUAACUAUUGGUAGACUAAUGUGAAAGAAAAUCUCCUAAUUUUCAGUAUUAAUGAGAUUUAGAAAAGCACUCUAGUCUGAAUGCUAACUGGAUCUAAAGCUAUAGCUGUUUUUCAUGCUUGCUGGAGAAGUCUGAAAGUUCAAUUUCAGUUUCAAAAAUGGUUAAGACUUAGGUGGAAAAGAAAUGUCUGCUAUAGACAUAUUAACCAUCUGUGUAUGAGCAUAGUCAACCUGAAUCACAAACAUCAAAAGUUUACUGCACAGAGUUUCUCUUAAACUUUGUCUGUUAAACUUGGGGAUGAUGCUCUUAUCGGUUUGACUAAUUAUCUGCUGUUGAGUCUGAAAUUUGUCAAUCUGAGUCUUAGUGACAGAAAUUUCAGCUUUUAAUCUGUUCAUGGGAUAUUUGACAGCUGACAAGCUGACUAUAUUGACAGAGGAGAGACAAAUGCUAACAAAGAAAGCAGCAACUGGUAUUGCGGUCAUCAAUGUAUCACCACAGCAUUUGGAUAUCUUAUUGGAGUCAUUUAGCUUUGGCUAGGUGACUUCUGCUUUCGCAGGACUCACACCUUCAUGACUCCACAGUGUUAAUCUCAGUGGUUAGCUGAGUAGUCAUGUUUAUUCACCUUCAAAGUGGAUGAAACCGAUUGAGGUGGAUAAUAAGAUCGUCGUUUCUGAGAGUGUGAUUUACUCUGAUUCUGCCAGUCAUUCACCCCACUUUGGCGGUGUUGAUGGUUUUUCCUUUGUCUGGGAUAAAACCCACCGUGACGGGAGUCUGAAUAACAACAGUUGGUCUCAAAGUUUACCUGGCAUUGGUCUGGGUCAGACCUGGGCCUUGGUGUGUAACUUUGACCUUUGUGAGUUUGUUGAGGUCGAAAAGGUUUUGGAGGCCUGGUUAACCACUCAUUUGGAGGCUUAUCGGAGCCUGAAAAAACACAGUCUGAAGCUUCGUUCAGCUCCAUGGGCAGUGAUUUUGUCUCCAUAGCCAAGAGAGUAAUGGGCUCUGCUUUCUUAGCCAAAGUUUGUCGUUGUUUGGCAAAACCUUUUACAGCAAGUUCACGAAGCUGUCGGCUAGUCGAAGUGUUUGGACAAGCUAAGACGCCAAGAUGAUGACUGGUGGUAGGGUGGAGGUUCUGGACGAACAGCGUUUUGAAGUUCAAGUCCUCCUCCAUUUCUGGUUCAUUUCGGAAACCAAAGUAAGCUUCGCGUAAGCGGUUGUAAUAAUGUUGGGGAGAUUCUGAUCUCCCUUGUUUAAUAGACAGAGCAGCAGAAAGGCCUGUCUGGGUCAAAUGAUCAGAAAACUCUUCAAUUAAGGCUUGGCAGAGCAAGUCAUAAUUAUUUCUGACAUGAUAAGGCUGUCGUUCAAGGAAACUGCUAACCUCUCGACUUGACGUCGCCUUAAUAAGGUAGAUUUUGUCAUCAGUGGUUGCACCUGGAAAUUUCCGCAGGUAAAAGUCAAUGUCUUUCAAGUAGGUGCAGGUGUCAGUAGCACCUUGGUGCUCAGGUUCAAAGCGUGCUAUGUUGCGAGCAAUUUUGUCAAGAUCCCUAUCUGAGGGAAAUGGUAAGAAGCCAUCAUGGGGAGGAGAGUAGGACUCUUGGUUUAAGGAUGACCUCUCAGGGUCAAGCAGGGUCCUGUCAUGAUGCUGAGAGAGAUACUUAAGAGUUGGUUUGGAAGGAAGUGAUGGCGCUCUCUCAGGAGGCUGAUCACCUAUCAUUUCUUCAAGAAAAGUUUGCUCCAUGCGUUCUCUUUGGGCUCGACCCGACUGGAGGGAGCAUUGUAACUCUCUUUGGGCAUCUUCAAGUUCUUUGUCUGUCUUUUCUUGCCGUUCUUGACAAAGAAUUAACUGUCUUUGAGCUAUCUGGAGCUGGUGCUGUAAGGUAGAAGUUUGCUUCUCCUUAACUUCAAGAGCUUCAGCACGCACUUUGACCAGUGCUUUCAAAGCUUUUACAUCUUCUGUUGCUUGCUCUAGUAGGGAUUCUGACUGUAUCAGAUCCUCUGUGGUCUUAGCAAGCUGCUUAUUCGUGUCAUCAAGUUCUUUCUCCUUUUUGUAAAGGUUUUCAUUAAGUCUUUCAAUCUUGUCUUUGAGAUCAAGAUUUUCUUCAUGACUUAUCAGUGAGGGAAGCUUUGACGCUUCACAUCUGGCACUGUGUUUUUCUAAAACACUUAAAGACUUCUUAGUCUCCUCUAGCGUCUUUUUCAGAGCGCUGUUUUCAUCUUUUUGCGCCUUUAUCUUUGCUAAAGCGCAUUCCAGCAAGUAGUCUUUAUACUCAAGCUGAGAAGACAUCAUGACAGACAUGCAUCUAGUGAGCUCUUUGUCACGAAGUGUCGUGGUUAAGGCUGUUUCCAGUAAGUCAGCCAUUUCAUCCUCCGGAUUGGAGGGUUUGGCCUUAUGAAUCUUAGUCAUGUACUGAGGUAUCAGCUGACUAGUUAAGUUUGCUAACACUGUGUGUAUGUCCCUCAGGGGGUCUCCCUGGCUGGACUCUUUUGUGUUAGGCAUGUUUGGUUUUGGUAAAGAGGAGCAGGUGGUUGGUUGAUGAGUUUGAGUUGGCUUAAAAUGAAAAGAAGAAGCAAAAUAUCAAAUUAAGUGAGUUAAUCGACUUAAUUUAUCAGUGCUUGAUAAAGAGGAAGAGCCUAUCUGAGUAGAUCUCUAAUGGAGAGAAAAAAUAACAUAAAGUUAAAUUCAUUUCAAUGAAAAUUGAAAUAAAACAAGGUGAAAUAAUGUUAAAUUAAAUUUAACAUCAGAUACAGAACCAUUGAAUAAAGGGUUCAAAUUGUCUCCGUGUUGCAGAGAUCAGCAAAGCUUAAAUAAACUGCCUGAUGCAGUUGGAUGAAUCUGAAACCAAUGAAAUUGUCAAUUUAAGGAAUUAACUCUGAAGUUAAUUCACAAAUCGCAAUAAAGCCAAAGAUUCAACUACCCAAUUCAUCUGAAAUGGUAAAAUAGAUUUCAAAUAUUAAUUAAUUUGUUCAUUAAUUAAUUAAUCUUAUGAGGAGGGUUAAUACAUUCAUGUAUUAUAGGGAACAGUAAAACUGCUCAAUGGUGUGAUAAGUAACAACAGAUCAGGUGAUUGAUUCAAGGAGUUACUUUAUCAAUACAUUAUGUAGGCUCUUAUAACAAAGAUAAAAAUCAAAAAUCAAUGAUCAAUGAUUUAGAAUAAGCACAUCAAACUUCAUCAACCAAGUCAAUCACUUGAGUUAUGUCUGUAGAGUGUUACACACUGACUACAGAGAGGCAGUACAGCUGGCUGAUACUGCAGGCAGAUAACAGUGUUAGCUCAAUACCAAAAGCAACCAUGUGGGGCAGUAUGGAGUUGGGAGAACUGCACAAGCUCAACACAAGUGGAGAAGAAGAAGAAAAGAGGAAACAGUCAUCCAACUAGCCUCUUGUGGCUGUGUGAAGUUGGGAAGUAUGAAGGAAGGGCCUUUAGGCUCUGCCUCCUUGAAGGGCCUUAUCUGCUUAAGGCCAAAUGGUCAGUCUCUCCACUGACAACAAAGGGUUAACAUUUCACAGCAGCUGUGUCUGCACCCUCAAACAUAGAACUUUACACCAUCUGCUCAGGCAGAUUGGUUCAAUAAAAUCAUUUACAGGAACAAGAAUCAAAGUGACAAAUUCUUAAACAGCAGAUUCAACUGCAGACUUUAAAAUCACAAAUGCGGCGAUUUGUGAUCACAAAUUUUGUCUUAAUUCAAUCAAACAACAACCUCCCACUGUUACAGUGGUUUCCUGUGACAGGUAGUUAAUCUGUCAGGGGAAAGGAGGAAAUCUGAAUCCCAUAUAGUUACUAGAACUUCGUAGCAGACUAUAGAGACAAGAAUCAAAGUGACAAAUCCCUCAACAGCAGAUUCAACUGCAGACUUUAAAAUCACAAAUGCGGCGAUUUGUGAACACAAAUUUUGUCUGAAUUCAAUCAAACAACAACCUCCCACUGUUACAGUGGUUUCCUGUGACAGGUAGCUAAUCUGUCAGGGGAAAGGAGGAAAUCUGAAUCCCAUAUAGUUACUAGAACCUCGUAGCAGACUACAGAGACUUCAGGGGCUUGAAACCACAGCUCGGAGCAUCGCGAACACUGGGUUCAGCCAAAGGCCUUAAAUACAAGCGUACGGCGACGCAACAAUCGUGCACUUAAAUAUUGGACAGUCUAGACAGAGCAGAAGAAGCAGUCUCACUGCUACUCAGAACAACCAUUCACGCUGUCCAGCUCAAACACAGACUACAGGCAUGUAGUACAAAAGUGUGUGAAACACAGAGCAUAAAGCUUUUAUGCAUAGAUCAGGAAAACAUCAGAACUUAGUCAAGCAACUUCAGCAAGCAUAGCAUUGAUAGUGAUUAAGUCUAAAACAGCCUGGGAAUAAGUUUCUCUCAUCAAUUUGGAAGGCUAAGUUUUAGGUUGUCUGUUAGUAUCCAGAAGUUUUGUUUGAAACGCCUCACACGGGGCACCAAAAUAUAUGUAGUGAUUUGAAAUGAGCCUCACACGGUCGCACCAAAAUAUAUUUAGUGAUUUGAAAUGAGCCUCACAAGGCCGUACCAAAAUAGUACUGUAGCGAUUGGAAUUUAUAAUAAAUGUCUGAAGAUUAAUAAUCUCAAAUUAUGACAUUUAUGCACUCGUUGAAAGGGGCACCACCCACCCUUAAUGGUGGGAAAAUAAAGAAAACAAAAGUUUAAUUCAGAAAUCAAACAUCAAGUCAGUUUUAAUUAAUCAGUCUUAAUUAAUCAGUCUUAAUUAAUCAGUCUCAUAUCUUAAGUCGAAAUUCUAAUUUCAGGGACUCCACUUCUGGAAGAACACUAACAGACAGGAACUUAGAAAAAUAAUGAUCUGUUUAUUACAGGAUAAAUGAUGGUACAACACACAUGCAAUAAAUGAUGAUAAGAUAAUGAGGAUAAAAUAAUAAUAGGUGAAUAAAUAAAGAUUCUGAGUCAGGCUAGGAGCACUAAAGUUAAUGAUAGUGAGUGAAUAUGCGCUAACAUAUUAACCUACACUAACUUUGGUGUCGAGAUAAACUCGGAUGUGGAUUUGGAGGAAUCUAAGAUCACCAGAAAUAGGUGGAUAUCUGAGUUACGAACGCAUGAGACAGCACCAGCCCUCUUUGGAGCUCUGGAGGUUUGCAUACUUAAGUGAGACUGGUCCUUGGAGAAGAUGGAGCAGGUUCCGAAGGUCCGGGCUACUGGCGGUUCGAGCGGUUCAGCUCAGAAGACGACUGAAGUCAGCCGAAGGAUGAGCCAGGAGUUGCAGCACUCGGGCCCGAAGCAAAGCCAGCGCCUGUGGAUCCUGUGGAUGCUCGUUUGGGUACUUCUUUGGUCUCACUCAAAAACUCUGGCACAGAGGAUGACCUGGGCCUGUUGGGUUGCGUUCGGAGGUGACUUUGAAAUCACGCAGAAAACUCAGAAAAACGAGGCUCGAAGAGCAGAGAAAACUUUCAAAAAUGGCUUCGCGAAAUUAAAGAAAAAUCAAUCAAAGGCUUAAUCUUGAAUUGCUAUGUGCACAAAAAGUUGAAGUUUCAAAACUUGAACUAAGACGAUGUUAAAGAAAAAUCAACGUGAAUCAACACGUGGCGUAAAACUUAGUAGACCAAGAAAAAGUUCUAAGAGAAAACAAAGAAACGCACCACAGAAGGGUGUGGGCAGAAGAGAAGGGGCAUAAGAGCCGGGGACAAGAGAGUCAGCAGAAGAGCAGAAGCAUAAGAGGAAUAAGAGAGGGGAUAAGAGAGUGAGCAACCCCACUCCACUGGUUUUAUCUUCUCACACUGGGAGUGUCUGAGGAGAAAGAGGAGGGUUCAUGGGGUCUCUGAUUAUUUGAUCUAACUUAUUCUUUUGGCUGGUAAAAGAGUCAGAUCUGAUACUCACUCACUAUGAUUAAUAUCAUUGAAUGCUAGGUUUCAUGAUAAAUAAUUUGACACUAAACACAUAUGAAUGAAGUGUAGGAUCACAUCAAACAUUCUCAUUAUGCUUUAAGUAUCACAUUGAACAUGCUAAAUUACUCUGAAAUGGAACAGAUAGUAACACAUGGAAACUGUGAACAACAAAAGAGUAUAUACAUGAAUGAACUUCAUCAUGAUUAAUAAUGGAUUCUAAAUACUCACAUUCAGGUUAUUCAAUGACAUUAUAACCACCUAAUGGUUAAAAAUACUAAAUAAACAACUAAAAUAUAAACCAAACAUUUCUAAACUAUUUCUGUUACUUAGAGUAAACUUAGGAUUCAUAGUCAAUAAAUUUAACUCUUAAAAGUUCAUGAAACAGUCUGAAAAGCUGUUGGUCUAAAGAACUAAAGAAUAAGGAUUUAUUCUGUCAGAUAAGAUAACUUGGCUUCUGAAGCACAUAGAAAAACGGGAAACAUCUCAUUUUAACACAAAUUUCAUGAUUAGACAGAUUAGUACAUUGCUGAAUGCAUAAGAUGUCAUGAUCAGUCAUUUGUAUUCUUUCACCAAAGGAAUGCAGUCUUUAUCAGUGUAUGGUCGAGCAGGGUUUUACGACCGAGGUCUGGAGGUCAGUGUCCCCCCUUAUCCUGGGGUCCGUAUGUUCACACACUUUAAGACGCUAAAUCUCAAAUGGGAGAUCUGGGUUGAGACGUUAAUGUUUAUUUAGAUGGUCAGUAAUGGAGUCAGUUUGAAAGGUAAUAAAAACUCUGUCUCUGUUCGCCGAACUGACCAAUCCUGAAGAGUCAGAGGUUUAGUCAACCUAUGGUUGGGUCACUUAUUUAACCUGAAAGUGCAAACACGUCUGGAAAGAUUUAUAUCCUGUUUCCUGGGACCAGAUAAGGAAACUUUCCUGUAAGGAAUGUGUGGGUUUCACAUCCAGGGUUGUCUUGAUUGCUACAGAGUUGUCUUGCUGAAACAAACAGGGACAUCCCUGAAAAAGACGUGGCUUGGAUGGCAGCGCAUGUUGCUCCUAAAUCUGAAUGUACCUAUCAGCAUUAAUGGAGCUUUCACAGAUGUGACAGUUAGUCAUGGACACGAACACAUCCUCAUACCAUCAGAGACUCUGGCUCUGAACUUUGACCUGAGAACAGUCUGGAUGGUCAAAAGUUGCCAGUAUGGGCAUUUUUCUUUAAUUCAACAUUACCCUGAUUUGAAUUGCUGUUUUUGUUUCUCACCAAUCCUCCUGAUUUUUAUGUCGCUAAAUGAACCAUGAUGCCAGUUAACUCCAACACAACUGUAAAUCUGUUUGGCUAUAAAUCUGCUGAGAUUUACAGCCACUGUAUAGUUAUUUUGACCAGUUGUGAAAUAGAUUGAAAGUCGUGGCGAUGAUUCUUCACAGACAAAACCAAACAAGACCAGCAACAACGAGACAAAACAUUUUAAAGUCAAAUUUUCAAUGUCAGAGGUUUUGUUAGAAAUAACUUCCUUCAUAGAUUCAGGACAACAUUUGCAAGAAGAGAAGUUGCACAACUUUGUCCACAGGGGGGUGCUAAAAUAGACAUAAAGCAAAAGUUCCACAUAGGGGAUUUUACAUUGUUUUUAAGGUUUGAAUAAAAUAACGCUCAGUCUUUAUCUCACUGAUAUGUCUGAUGUAUAGUGCAGUCUAGAAGUAGACCAAAUAAUCUAUCAGCUCAUUAACUGGGUUGAUUAAUGGCAUUUGGAAACAAUCAACAUUGGCUAAGGUCUGUGCUCGCUAAAGGGAUUUCAGAAAUAAACACAUAUAGUCUGCAUAUACUACAGGCCCCCUCCCUCAUAAGUAUGGCUGCUGUACAAUAAUAUUGGGAAGGUGUUGAAAGAGUUAGUUUUCAGCCCUUUGCCUUUACUUUAACUCUCAUGUUCCCUGCUGUAAAUGUUAGUCAAGGUUCCCACAGUCACCAUUGUCUUGAUUGCAUUUCAAAUCUAAAACAGUCACUUGCUUGUGUUUGAUUUGAGUGGAUUGGAUUACAAUGUGCAUGAAAUAAUGGAAUUAGAAAUGACUUAUUUACGAACCCAAAUAUUUAGCUUGUUUUUUUGUCUGUUUGGUAAUCAUGGUUGGCUCAACAGAAGUUCAGAGGUCCCUUAAGUCAAUAUUUAGAGUUUAGCAUUUUUAUUUCUCAUUUGUUAUUAGUAGGGCUGAAACGAUUACUCGAGUAACUCGAGUAACUCGAUUAAUAAAAUUCCUCGAGGCAAAUUACAUGCCUCGAGGAAUCGUUUAAAUCCGGAACCAUGUGCAGCGCACGGUGUUUGACACGGACGGUUAUUUCUGUUGCGCAGCAGCGUGCUCUUUCCGCUCCUUCCGCUGCCGCGCGUUUCAUAGACAUAAUAAAAGGGUAGACCCCGCUGGGGGUGCUGCGCAGCGAGAAAUGCGGCCGCCAUCUUGGUCAGGUCAAGCUUCCCAUACGCUCCGGUCAAUCAUAUUCAUUCAUUCAGCGAUGCCGGAGCACUGUGCGGCGUAUUCCUGUGCCAACAGGCGGACAGCAGAGAACAGGGCUCAAGAAAUAACUUUUCACAGUUAUGAUUAAACGUUUUUUAAACAUUACACUUGACUGUAGAGUCAUUUGUAGGCCAAAGAGGAAGACUAUCGGUCAGCUCCAAAAAGGAAACAGCAUUUGCGAACAGCUAGCUUAUUCACAAUAAUAGCAACUUUGGUCGAUUAUCAACAGAUUUGCAUUAGAUUGAAAAACUUUUGUUUGAGAGAGGUUCUAAGAAACGUUAAGAAAUAAAAUAGAAAGAAAAAGGAAGAAAGUGAGCUCUGUUUUAUUAUCUGUUUUAUUAAAGAUUUCUUUGUGGUGAUCUCCUGUUUCAUUUUGAAGAUUUCCUAAGGACAAAAACUUGAGGAAGAAGUGGGAGAUUGCUGUUAGAGGGAGAAAUUCGCAGCAAGUGAUUCCUCUGUGCUGUGUAGCCAACAAGCAAAUUGAUAUGUAGUUUAGAUGCUGUCCUGUCAUGCUGUUCUUGUGUUUAAAUCUUUUUGAUAUGUAGGCUAUAUAUUUGUGUGUAUUUUCCAGUUAUUAAAAUAGUGCUUCUAUAUGACAUUAUUUGUGUGUGUCUACAAAUGGAUAAAUAAAAUUAAACUAUAUAAAAAAUUAUAAUCAAAGCAAUAUAUAUUGAAUUGGCCUAUUAAUACCGCCAGUUAUUAAUAAUUAUUGAGACAUAGCAGGAACCUAGCUCUAAACCUAAAUAUAUCCUUGAUUAAUUGUUAUACUAUAAUACAGCCACUGCUGCCAUGUUCUAAUAUAUCAUUUUAUUCAUUCUGAGUAUUUGAAAACGCCAAAAAAAAAUAUGGCCUCUAUCAUGCCUCUUUGAAUGGCGUUUGCAGAGAAGAAAAUUACGUAGUAUUGAGCGAACUAUGAUUCAUUAAUGCGCUCAGACUUCAUUCCGCCGGUUAAACAGCGGUGCAGAGUGAGGCGGAUGACCGGACCAAGAUGGCGGCCGCAUUUCUCGACAGCGCCCAUUCGUGGUAGCGGCCGAUGCGGGGUCUAUCUUUUAUUAUGUCUAUGGCGCGUUUGGUUCAAUCAUGGGGGGAAACGUGGACAGACAGAGAGAGGAAGAAAGAGAUGACACGCAGAGGAAACGGCAGAAAGUGUCUAAAGUGCGGGACCAUUACACACUGAAAAGGAAAGAAAACGCCGUGCAGUGCGUUCACUGUAAGGCGGAGUUGGCGUUUCACAACAGCACGUCGUCAAUGCUGCAGCACCUUAAAAGAAAACACCCGGUCCAUGCAUUAAGUCCGCUCUGAGGCAAACGUGAUUCAAUGCAAAGUAUUACAGUGAGAGCAAAACAUUUCUUAUCCGAUUACUCGAUUAAUCGACAGAUUAAUCAAUAGAGUACUCGAUUACUAAAAUAAUCGAUAGCUGCAGCCCUAGUUAUUAGUGUUAAAAUUUUGUAUCAAAUGCAAAAAAAUCUAUACACUACAUUUUGACAAACAGUAAUGUUUACUAUAGUGUUGCACAGUACGAUUAAAAAAAGGAGAAAUAAAAACCAAGUAAAAUAAAUAAAACACAAAAGCUUAUGUGAACACUGCAAACCAAAUAAGAAACAUGUAAAGCAAAUAAAUAAAACCACAAAGCAGGCGAUGACGCAACUGAAAAUACAGUGAAGCGAACCAAACAAAAUAAGCCUAAAAUUACAGAGAGCACAGGACUCAAUGAGUUCAAGGUAUACAAGGCCUGGGACAUUUUUAAGUGUUGAGGUAACUUGUUUUACAAUUUUGGGUCCACUGCUGAGAAGGCAUGAUCCCUGAUUCUGGUUUGUGCUAGCUUUUGAGACUUUUAACAGGUUUACAUUUGCUGGAGGUCAGAGAUGCACUGUUGUGGUACCAACAACAACAAAAACCUGAUUGGGGCAUGAUACGUAUAUCAGUCAUCAUCUGACCUGCUCUCUGAUUAUUGGCAUGAGUAUCUAGUGUAUGAUAAGAGUGACAGCUAAUUACAACAAACUACAGCCUCAGAUGGACUGAGGGCUAAUGAUGACAACACCAUCCUGAAUGUUUUUCCAUUGUUUCCCAUAUCAUGUGCCUGUAUCCUUUUAUUGAAAGAAGUUUACAUCAAGAUUUGUAUUUCUCUGAAAAAUACAUGGAGAGGAACCUGGGAUCAAUGAAGUGCUCCUUUACGCACAGAAAUAAAUCAGCGCAGUUCAUCCCACACAUCUCGCACACACACAAACAAAAACAAAAUCACUGCUGAUGCAUAUCGUACAUGGGACACACGGGGACACGCGAGCACAAUUAGAGCGUCUCCUUCCGUACAGCCGGGUGUUGUGGCUGGAUUCCACGGCUAAGGGUUUCAGGAACACAGGGAUUGGGGGAAACAUCUGUGCUGCUGAACUGGUUGCAAGAGUCAAGAAUAUAGGUCAGCACUGCAAUUUAUUUCUGUUUCUUCACACAGACACACACACAUUCUCUCUCUCUCUCUCUCCUCAUCUUUCCUCUUGUCUUUGUUCCUUGCUAACCCAGAACACACACUGAGCAGGCAUCUGAGGACAAAAACAUAUUUAACCGCUGAAACUUAUAAGGACAGAUCAGAUGACGGAGGAUGAAGCGGAGACUGAUGCAUGCUUUGGAGAAAGAUUUUUCUGUUGCUGUGACAACCACAUGGCUGCCAUUCACUGCAGCUUUUCUAGACAUGCACUCUGUCACACAAACACACGCAUACUCUCUCCACCUUACACAGAAAUAUUAUUUGCACACACAUUUGCAGAGAAAGGAAGCAAAGCAUAAGGUCAGGAGAAAAGGAGACAGAGAGAGGAAUUGCAGAGCGAUGAGACAGACAGUCAGGAAAAUAGCGGCUGUUAUUAGUGUCCACAUCAUGCACCUUUUUUUUAAAAAGACAAUUUAUUACAGUUAUUUUAAAGGUGUAAAGGUUAUCAGUGACACUAUCAUGUGGCUGCAGAUCAGCACCGUAUGUGCUGUUAAUGCAGUGGCCUCGCCAGUUACAACCAGCGGGGACCAAGGCGGUCACUGUGGCAGGCGGUGGGCACGGCGACCGUUGCCAUGGACAGCGCGUAAGUGGCGUCACAGCUGAGCAGAGAGGUUUUCUUCAGAUAAACCUGUGAUUUGGGCUGAGGGCAGAGCACGAAAAGGUAGCAGCAGUCAAACAGGCUGUAAACAAACCUGCACUAGAGAUACAUCAGACAGAUCCCUGUGUUUCUAGCAGUAGUAUUUAAAUACCCUUAUCUGCAAGUUGUUGCAAAACACACUUUGUUUAACCCAUUACCUCUUUUAUUAUCUAUCCCUUUAAAUACCUACACUUAUAAAACUCAUAACAUUUUUUACAGCUUUGUGUUACAUGAACUCAGCAGAAAAAGCGUUUCUUUUCUCUGUGGUCAUUAAAGUGACAUAGUAAGGCAGAUGAUUACGCAGAGUCCUCAUCAGUUUGUACAGUGGUUGUCUGUUUAUGUCUGCACACAUCUAAAACACAGUUCUUUUUAUCUUAGCUGAACAGUUUUAGGUGGCUAAUUGAGAGUCAUGUUUUUUGGUAGGCAUCAGAGUACAGAGGGGUCCAUCCAGUUGUCAAAAUCUGCCAAUAAACUACAUUGGUAACUAGUCUGCCAGAGUGAGUUUCCCUCAAGGAUAAAUUUUACUCUCAGCUAAGUGUGUUUGGAAGCUAGGGAAGAAAUAUAGAUAAUUAAUUGCUAUUUAAUGACUCUUGUGUAUCUGAAAUGCUGCUAAUUAAAGCAGAGUUACCGCACAAACACAGUAAAAACCAAAACAGCCAAAAGUAAUAAAACAAUGAAGGUGAAAAUGACAGGAACUGCAUGGAUAGUGCCAAUUCUUCAUUGACAUGAGUGUCCCUGCUCACAUGAAUCCAAAAAUAUAACAUUUUAAAACUUUAAUUCACUCAGGUAAAUCAAGUUUUCAUGCACAAACUCCACAAGCAAGCACACACUCGUGCAACUAAUCUUCAACACAGACAUGAUGGUAGUAAUACUCAUUUAAGAAGUGAAUCUGUUGUGACACAUUACAGGCAUUACAGGUUUUUUUGUGAGUUACUUCAUUUCAAGGUCAAUGUAUUAACUGAACGAUCCUCCACUUGUCAAGUUUUUACUGUUACAAACACAACAAUCUCUCCUCUUCAUUUUGUGAGGCCGUUCACAUAAUAUAAAGACAUGUACAGCACAGCUUGUCCCAGCAUCGUAACAUAAUGUGGCACAUACAAGCAGCCAGCAAUGUUAACUGUGUAAAACUGCAUAGUUCUGAUGUAAUGGACAGACACACACAUGCAUGGUUGUUUGCACAAUGUCACAUGUUUUAGUAAAAUUCAUGGGAGGGCAGCUCAAAAAUGUCAUUAUCAGAUUUAAUGGAACUCUGGCUUUCUGAUAGUGAGGUUCACAGUCUCAUCUUGUAGAACUGAAAUGCCACUGAAAGGUUGAGUUUGUCAACAUGUCACAAAAACAGUGUCUUCCUCUGUGAAGCAUUAGGACAAGAAAUUGUCAGUAAGUGGGCUUCAGAGGUUUUAUUUUUCCCAGAAUUCAGCCUUUGUGCUGCACAAAGCUAAUUGGUUAUCGGCUUGGGCUGUAGCACAGAAAGACAAGAGUAGUACCAUCUGACUUUAGACGACAAAUCAGUGAUUUUUCCUUUUUCUUCAAGGUUUCUCCUCUGUUUAAGUAAUUUUUGUUCAUCAGUUUGACUCUUUUUGAAGCUUUAGCUUGGAUUCUGGAUAAUUUCAAGGGGGGAAUUAAACUCUUUUUAAGACAUGAUUGAUCAAAUGACUGUUAACACACCCCUCAUUCAAGUGCUGAGAUGAAACUAAAAAUAAUAAUGAGUGGGAGCUCUAGUUUGGAGAGUUGCUCUUCUUUAUUUAAUGACAGUUAGAUAAAAAAAAAACAUGCCGUGUGUGAAGCUGUACUGUGAUUGUUAUUGAGACUGAGUUAUAAUCCCCAUGUGGUGCACUGAUCCCUGUCAUGGCCACUGUGUUCUCAGGAGAGACGGGCUCUGAGGGCUUGAUGGAGCAUUCAGGGACUGUUCAGAGCUAACAUCCUAAUUUAACCCCCGCCUCACCUCCAUCUAAAGUCCCAUCAUCUGUUUGUGUGACAAACAGAGCAGCAGACAUGUUUCUCAUUUUUCUCUCUCUGUGAGCUCUCUUCUCUCCACACCCCCUCCAUCUAUCCUCCCCUCUGUCUCUCCAUCUCCAUCUUUCUUUUUCCCUCUGUCUCUUAUUCCCUCCUGUUCCCAUGGAAACUGCUGGUCUUUCCAGUAAGGUAAGGACAGUUUGUUUGAGAGACUUGCGUUAGUUGUGAGCUAUGAUGUAAUCAAGCCAACAGUUUCCAGGGUUGCCGUUUAUGGUCAUGACAGUGGUAGGCUGCCGACUGUGGCACACAUAGGCUCUCUGAGGUGGGCUUUGGAUCUGUGUGUGUGUGUGUGUGUGUGUGUUUAUGAGGGAGAAAGCCACCUCAAAUACUGCUGUCUCAUCCAGUUAUUAUCUACAAUAGCCGUGCAUACACACUUUAUUUGUAGAUGUCUUCAAGCAGCUGUGGCUGCAGCAUAAUCAGAGGUGACAAAAGAAACAUGGCUACAGUAAAAGUGCAAACACGUACAUUAACAUAGUGCAACAGCAGCAAAAGAGCAUACAGCGUAUCAAAAUAGCAGGCCGAGCGGUACAACACUGUGACACAGCUGGUGCUCUUUAAUAUCAACCUUUGCUACUUUGAGAGCAAGAGUUCAAUCAUGCACUGCAAAAAGGAGUGCACUGUGAGUGUGCAUGGGGCACUACAAGGUUUAAUGUUAGUGUGGCUCUAGACCUUUCAAUUCAAAGCUGUUAGCUCUUUUAAACACACCGUUUAUGUCCUGGAUAUAUUAUAGUUGCACUUUUUAUUGUUUUCAUUGUAAUCUGAUUGGAGAUAGGACUGGGUGAUUUGGCAAAAAAAAAAAAAGAUCACAAUAUAUUUUGUCAUAUUGUCCGAUCUUGAUUAUUAAGAAAAAAUAUCAAAGCCAUUUUAACUCAACAGUACAACAAAAGUAGAUAAAGACAAAAUAUUACAGUGAACUAGUUCACAGUCCUGAGUGUUUUUGCAGGUAUGCAAGACCCAAAAUAAACAAAUUGCCCCCUCAGGGAUAAUGAAGACGCCUUAAAAUGUAAACAUUAGAUGAUGCAAACUUGGUGAUACAAUUAAUUACUGCUUAGUUCUGGUGGCUGCACUGCUAGUUGUGGCUAAACUGUUAAUGCUACUUGCGACGCCAGCAGUGACAGGCUGUGCAAACUCUGCUCACAUUUUCGUGCUUUCCGCAUAAUCACUGGGGAAGUACUUCUUCAAAUGACUAAACAGAUUUGUUGUGAUGCCAGUUUUUGAGGGCACCAACCACCGACAUACCUUUGCACAUCGGCUUAAUUGCUUGCACCGCCACACAACCAAUGUUGAGUAACUUUUCUUCUCAAGAAUGGCAUCUUCAGAGAAUGACUCAAAGUCAUGGCUGACAUCUAUUUAGCUGCCCUCAACCCUGCGUUUAGCUCCACGUUCGGUCAUUCUGUUUACUUCUCCGGCAGCUUACAGAAGUGAGCAGGGAAAGCUUGACUCUGAUUGGCUGUUGUCAUGCACAUUUCUGUAAUGUUUGAUUGAGUAAAUAUGCUCAAAGCUGAUCAUUGUGAUCAAACUGAAAUUUAUCACAAUAAUAAAUCAUGAUCAUAUAAUCGCCCAGUCUUAUUGGAGUACACUGUGACUGUCAAUCACUGUCUUUUAAAAAAAAAAAAUACAGAUAGUCGAUUUUUUAAUAUGGCAAUUUCCUUAUGUGUAUUUGGUCUAUUGUAUUGGUUCCCACGACACAGCGGCAGUGGCGGCUUUUAAGCUAGCAUUGACUGGCCUCUAAAAGAUGUUCAGACACUUCAAAAACUGAUCUCCCAAAAUUCAUUUUGAGUUUAACAAUGACACAAAAUCUUCCUCUUUAGGGGUGGUGAUAAAUUGGAAUUCAAAUUAAAGCACUGAAAGAAAUCAUUUCAUGAGGCAGACACAGUUUCUGUCACAGGGAUGGUGAUGAUGUGGAUAUAAAAUAAACUUUAAACUGUUGCAAGUUUAUAAAAUUAUGUGUCAUUUACCUCAAGUUUUGCCUUUUCCUUAACUUGACUGAUUGUUUAUGUUAUUUUUACAUUUUUUCCACAAAAAUUAAACCGUGCCAAAAUAAUUGGGGAGCUUAUCUUACCCCCCUUCCAAACAGUACUUUUUACUUUUGCAUCAAAAGGGUUAACUGUGGCUCACUGGGAGAGUCAGGCUUCUCCCAAUUGAAGGUCCACCUGCUGUCCACAUGCAGAUGAAUCUUUGGGCAAGACACUUGAUCCCACCCGCCCCCGCUGGCUGUAACCAGUGGUGUGUGAAUGGGAUUAGUCUAGAAAAAAAAAAGAGAUGAGUACCUCUGCCAUCAGUGUGUGAAUAGAGGAGAAUGUGACAUGUAAUGUAAAAGCGCUUUGAGUGGUCAGAAGACUAGAGAGACCGCUUUAUACACAUGGUCCAUUUACCAUUUACAGACUACUCCUACAGUGAAAAUUUCAUUAGUAUGCUUAAGCAGAACUCUUUUCAUACCCGUCCAUUCUUGUUUGAAGCUGUUUUCCAACAUAAGCCUCAAAGCUAAUGUCAGCUUUAAAGAUGACAGACUAGCAGAAUACAAGCUAACAGUACCAAGUCUAGUUCUGUCUUUAGUGGUUAAACAAUAUGCGCUUUGAUCUGCACUUACAACAUACUUUGGAAACACAAUAAAAGUGUUAUUACUGCGUAAAUGCAGGUAAUUGCUUUUGAUGUGUAAAAGGUCAUCCUGAAAGUAGCUGAAAUGCUACUUUUAUCUAACCUACAUGAUCGUUUGAGCAACAGAUCAAACAAAGUAUACGGUUUUCAGUCACCAUUAAAUCUUUAAGAUAUUUUUUCUUUACUUUCACUUUCCAUUGAUCUAAUUUUACAUUAUUUCAACAUUUACAGUCGUUUGAACAAGAUACGUGCCGUUACUCAACAUCAACAGAUGCUUCUCUCCCCUCCCAUCCUUCCUUGUGCCACAGUGGCUCUGCAGUGUGACAAGCAGUGUGACUAGAGUUCCUCUCAGACUCUCCAUCUGUAGUAUUAAUGGUGUCUUCGCUCUCCUCCUCUCUGAUCUGUCUGCCUGACACCGCCUGCCUGGAGUGCCUCUGUGUGUUAAAUCUCCGCCUUCAGUCUGCCAUGCCACAGAGCUAAACCCCCAGAGUGGCUUUGUUGUGCUUCUGCAGUAGAAUCUCUGCCUUCAGCCUGUCUGCCGGGGAGCCAAAUCUCAGCAUGGCUCGGUGUGUGAGUGUGUGUGUGUGUGUGCGUGUGUGUGCAUCUGCAGCUGAAUCAGUUUGAAACUUCCCUGCUAUGGAACGCAAAACCUCCAAUCGGUGUCCUGGCUUUCCCUGAAUUAGAGCAAAAACUGACAAAAGCGUCAAAGCUAGUAGGGCUGAUUAUGCCCCUAGCUUACCUCCAUUUACAGCAAACUGGCUGUGCACAUCUGCCUGUCUUAGAUUUUGCUCUAGUUCUCACACCAAUAAAGUAUUCAUAAAAGUUUUCUUGCAAUUUAAAUUUUGCUGUAGGUGAGGUUGAAAAUAUAUAUCCAGCUCAAUUAAACCCAUCAAGAGUCCACCUGAAUUCAAGCAGUUUAAGUUUGACUUCUUUGGUUGUUGGAUGACAGAGGGCUUUGGGAGUGCUUUUGAUUGAUUUGUUUUACAACAAUAACCUGCACACGAUCAUGCAAACCCAAGCUGUGACAGUAAAUAAAAUGCUGAUUUAAGGCAGAAUUAGCUUGAUGGCAAAUAAUUUGAAGCAUAUAUUUAAUGGGAAAGAAGUGCUUAAGUAAAAACAGAAAAUGCUUUUGUUUUUAAAAAAUAUCUGCUCAUUUAGAAUCUGAUACCAGUGGUUUAAAAAAACGUUGUGAAAGGGGUGUGAUUCACAUCCAGUGUUGCCAACUCCUCAGUAAGAAAAGUCGCUAGAAGUGGCUAGCCUCCCCCCAGGAGGAGGAGGAGUCCGAGUCUUCCUCACUUUCUCGGGGUGUCUGUUUUUGUCUGUGUUGUUAAUGCACACCGGCUACCUGUUGAGAAGAGUAACAUUGAUAACUUCUUUCAUGUUAGAGUCUCUAAACUCCAGAAAAAGUCGCCAGAUUUGUCGCUUGCCAAAAUAAGUUGCUGGGGGGUCAGAAAAGUCGCUAAAUCUAGCUACGAUCGCAAGGUUGGCAACACUGUUCACAUCACACUGCUUUAGCGCUUCUUUAACAACACUGUGAAUGUUUGGGAGACCAGUUUCUGGGGUUCUGAUGGUGAGAUAUUGUCCCAUUCUUGUUUGAUGGAGCUUUUGGUUGCUCAACAGUGUUAUGGGGUCUCCUUUGUUUUUGUUAUCGUUUCACUGAAUAUUUUCUGUGCAUAACAAAUCAGGACUGCAGGUGGCCCAGUUUAGCAUCAGGACUCUUCUUCUACAGAGCCAUGUAGUUGUACGGCACACAGAGAGUGCUUUAGCAUUGUCAUGCUGAAAUAUGUAGGAGGUGAGUAAGAGUUGCUGGAAAACCUGAAGACUGUGGGUCCAUGAUUUCCAGAAAGAAUACCAAAUUUUGGUGUGUCAGACCACAGGACAGUUUUCUACUUUGCCUCAGUCCAUCGUGAAUAAGCUCUGGCCCAGAGACUACACCAUCAUGUCUGUAUAUACUUUAAAUUGCAUAUCUGGAUAAAGAAACAAACUGUGUCUGCAGAAAGUGGGUUUUGAAAGUGAAUUUUAAGCCCAUGUAGGGUUUCCACCAGAGAGUCGUGUCUGUUUUUAAUGCAUUGAUGCCGAGGGCCCAAAGAUCAAAACCAUGUGGCUUUUUUUUUUUUUGUUGCUUUUUUGCUAGAUAGGGAAAUCCCCCUUUUUUGCAAUUUUAGAAUCAGGGAACAUUUUUUUUUUCUUGUGAUCACUGAUAUCUCCUGAGGACACUUUGGUGUAGUCUCACCACAGGCCUCUACUUCAAAGACCUGUAGAUUCAAUUAUUCCAUGUUGAGUGAAGGCCACUGGUCAAGAAGUAAUAUGAACAUUGACUGAUUGUUUUGGAGUAGGCCUCAAACUCUGACAGACUUGUGCCUCUUUUCUGAGUUAAACUUGGUCACAAAUGUUUUGUAGGAUUCUCGUCUAAAGAUUAGAUAGUUUUGACACAUUAAUCCCGGUUUCAUUUAAGAGUGACAAAUGCCAUUCUGUAAGAGUUAGUAUGGCUCUGUAAUUUAAUAAUGUUCUUUCCCCCGGAGUAAUAAAAGGGACAAUUCGAGAAUGAAUAAAUAAAUGAAAAAAAAAAAAACUAAACACAAACCAGCUUGUUUAUUUCAAUCUGUAGGUUUAGUCAUUUGGUUAAAACUCUGUGAAUGAAUGAAAAUGUAGCAAAGAAUAAACAUCUGUCAUCGUGUGUGUCAAAACAGAGCUCUGUAGCACUCACUGUCAUUUAUAUCAGCAUUUUGUUGUUUCAAAAACUUCACUAUCGGACUGUUUUCACAUGUUCUCUGCUACCUCCGCUCACGCUAAUGUUGAUCAAACCAAGUUUGUGGCUGGUUCUUGCUACUGCACAUUAUGUUGCUAAUCUCAGGUGAGAAAAGAAUAAAAGGGUUGAAACAAGGUUUUAUCAGAGUGGAAGAGGACACAGUUGAAGAGAGAAUGAUCCUGCAAACACCAAAACAAACGAAAAUUGAAAAUUGUCUAGAAACUUUUUUUUUUUCUGCACCUCAUCUUGAUAAAUUCUCUCAAAAAGACACUUAAAGGUGGGGUAGGCAGGAAGUGCCAGUUUUGGGGCGAAAUCUUGAACGUAAACACUACCCGUCCCAACCAGUUUUCCCCUCAGCUCCUUCUCUCCCCUCCCUCUCUGCUCCAGUAAGCCCCGCCCACAAACAGACGCUCCUGCUCGCUCGUAUCGUUCCAGUUAAAUUCAGAUAUAAUGCAGAUAAAUACUUCAGAUAAUUACAAAUGAGGCCCAGUCAACGUGAAAGUAAAAAGCAUUGCUGCUACUGUAGAUGCCAACAGACUACCAGCAAACACAAUGUUUGCAGGACUUCUACAACUAGGAUAAAGUGACAUAGUCAAGGACCAGAGGUCAACAGUUAAGUGGCGCUACAACACGCGGCAGGUCCCGUUUGACAAGAAACACUUCUGUUACAGACACUUGGCUUACUUUGUUAAAGCGGUUUACCUGUCCAGCAGAAAGGUUACAGGGUUCUUAAGAUCCUGGAGCGUCCUCGAAGCGUUUAUGCUCCAUUGAUGUUGACCCGGCUUUUUAGCUCUUGUCCGGUCUACCUCCUUUUUUAAGACCAUGUUAUUCUGCCAGAGUCUCCAGUAUUUACUUAGUUUUCUUGUUUCUCUCAAAAAGACACGCAAGUAAACAUGAUGAUCUUGGCUGAAGUCUUUGUUACAACACUUACACAUAGCCAAUAUAACUCAGCAUGCACAAACAUUUAGCAAAAAGUUAUUUUAUAAGGGAGAAGCGAAGAGUAGGAGCAGACUCGUGUUUUAACAGCCCUCUGCUGCAGCUUAUAGAUCUUUUGAGAAGUUAUGAGGGCCAGUUUGAUGUUCAGUUACUCUUUGAGCAAGUUGGAUGACAUCUGCAGAGCUCCCUGGAGAAAAGAGAUUCUGCACAGGAGCUUUGGUUGGGAAAAAACAUCGAGUCCUGUCAUGUGAUGGGUUACAGUGGCUUGGACUGAUGAGAACUUUGCAGCAUCAGCACAUCUCCAUAAGAGGAGGGGAAUUCAGAUGCGAGUCAAAAAUAGAUUCUUAUCUUAACCAGACCCAGACUCCGCUCACUGUUUGACUCUCUUUGGAGUUUUAACAGUCUCAUUUUUUGAGACAUCUAAAAACACCCGCCUCUCUCCUCUUAUUUUGAUCUGUCCUCUUGACUUCCUGUGUCCUUUUUCUCAUAGCUGGGUGUCUUUCUACCUCCACCCCUCCUGACCCACUCAAUCCCACGAUUCAGCCUCCCUUGCUCUAUUUAUUCUCUUUAUUCUUGUUCUUUUUUCUUCUAUUGCUUCCUCGUGCACUUCCUCUUUUCAUCUAUUCCCCCUCUAACUUUGUGUCUCGCCUUUCUCUUCUCUCUGCUUUACUGUCCCCCUCUGUUUCUCUGCCUGUGUCCUCUCCUCCUCCUCCUCCUCACUUCUGCACCAUAAAGUAGACGGCUGGAUGAUUCAUCUCUCUCUCUCUCUCUCUCUCUGCCCCCGGACUGUUGUGAUCCUUAUUUUACUGCACAGUUAAAGCGGACUCCCCCUUCCUCCUCCUCCUUCUUCAAUGUCUGUCUGUCCUCUGCAGCUAUUGACACUUAUCAACCAAAGCGCCUACCAUUUAUAUACAUAACAGCCUGCACUGGAAACGAUAACCAUGCCUUCAUCUAAUCAGUGAUUAUUGUUUAGAUAUUUUAUGUGAGCUUUGAAAACAGUCUGGGUUUUACGACGCUAUUGAUUUGAUGAAGAGUUGUUUGUGCAGACACUUUGCUCUGAUGCACCGCUCUGAUUUAGACCAGCUCCUUACCACCGUGAGCAUGGCUAUCUACAGUGCAGCCUUUCUCCUCUGGACAUUAUUCAUCAUCAUGAGACUAACUGACCCAUGGUUUCAUCAUAUUCUUUCUCUGCUGCAGCACUGCUACAGCUCAGGGUCAUUCAUCGCACAUGAGCGUCGUUCAGACGGGUUGACGUUUUGAUCCACACAACCAAUGUUCCAGGAUCAGUUGGACUCAAUGAAUGAGUCAGUGUUUUGCUCUGUGAUACAGUUUCACCUCAUUUAAAAAUAGAUCUGCACGACUCGGGUUACACUUCAACACUUUCUCUCUUUCUGUACAUGUACACUCGAUAUUUAAAAAUACACACAUCUUGUGUUGUUGCUGUGAGUGUGUGAAAAGUGGUGGAAAGGACACAGAAAUGUGGAGUCUGUCUACUCGAAUUCAAAGCUUGAUUGUAAUUGGUAUUCUGCUUCCUGUUAUUUCAGGAGAGCACAACAUUGUGACUUCAAAGUUAAAUUGCUUCCAUGAAUGUAGUUUUGAUCACAGAUUCUAGGAGAGAUCAAAUGAAUCAGAGAAAGUACUGAAGGUCAUAGAGAGGUCAGAAAAUAUAGACAAUGACACUACAUUGGGACGCAUUACUACUGUGCUGAUGUUCAAAUAAAAACCCAUAACCCUGGAAAAUACUGACAGAAGGAAAGUUACAGGACAGGGUUUGACCUCCAUCUGAAGCUCUGUUCAUUGUGAGGCUCCAUUUGGCAAUGCCUUCACUGUUAGCAGAAAUCUCUUUGUUUUUCGAGCUACAGAACCAACAACUUAUUGAGCAAAAGAUCUAAUAUCUUUCAACAACACGUCAAUCCAUAAACUGCUUUAUGUUUUACAUUCACAGAAAUAUGUAUGACUGUGUUUCUCUAUGUCAAAAUGAAGUGUCAAAGAAACAUUACUACUUUGUUAGUUUUAAACUGUCAAAGGUGUAAAAAAUACCCCCCAGGUCAGUGAAGUGACAGUAACCUAUGAAGACAAAAAGCUCCUGCAUAAGUAUGAUCUCUCUUUUGUCAGCUUUUAACCUGAAAAAUGUCACUCAGUAAUGUCUUCUUUUUUUUUGAAGGGUGGGUAUUACACAUUACAUUUGUUCCUUCAUGUUUACUGUUGAGAAUUGGAGAUUUUACUUGAUGCUCUUUACUCCCACUGUGUUACAUUUGUGAUGAAAAAUGUUAACUUCUACUUCCACAAAUUAUGCUUUGAACCCUAUCACCACUGUUACUUGUCUAUAAUGUUAGGCUUAGGGUUAGUGGUUACCUUAAUAUCAGUGUCUCUUCUAUAAUCAGACUCGUCUUAUAUCCAAAACAGUCUGUGUGUUCCUCGUUUGUUGAUGUAGACCUGUUGCUAACACUUGUUGGGAAUAACACCUAAGUAAUGUUAUUGGUAAGAUGAAUGAAAAUAAGUGACAAAAGAUUAUACUUUUAAUAAUAAGGAAUAGAUUUAAAAAUUUGUAUUCACUCGGAUGUUAUUGAAACAUUUCCAACCUUCUUGUGUGACAUGUCCAGUUUAAAGUUUUAUUUUAGUUGUGAAAACUGGAAACAAACACAUGCAGAGCCUCUGUCUGGACCGUUCAGAGAAAAUAUCCUUCAUGUUUGUUUGUAAACUAUGUUUAACUGCAUUUAUUUUUGCAUUAGCCUGUUGAUGUCAGCGUCUUCAUGACAAAAUGCACUUGCAUGUUGUCAACUUUGAAAAAACAUGCUCCAAUGCACUGCAGAGUAAACUGCACGAUGGGAUGUAACUAAUUACUGAAGUAGUUUUAUAAUAAUACUUAUUUGCUCUUACUUAAUUACUUCUCAUCAUUUGUAUUUAAACUUAUAUUUGAGUAAUUUCAAAUUAACAAUACUUUGACCUGAGUGCUGUUUCUGUUUCCAGCCAGUCUUUGGUUUUUCUUGUUGCUACACUCUAAAAACAAAAUUUCAUGUUACUAGUUUAUCCAUUUUGUGCUGCAGUAAAAACGUUGCGGUUCAAGACGGCAGUCUCAGUUGUAUAUGUAGAUAUAUAAAAGUCAUUUUAAGUGAAUCAAAAAAUAGAAAGGAUAUCCAGUAGUUUAACCAUGCUCAUGGAUAUGAUAUUCUAUUUCUACCAAUUCUGUUCCAGUAAAUUCUUUUUAAACCAUGAAGGAUAUGUUUUAUUCUGCAGAGUGUCUUGUCUGGCAGCUUGCAGCCCUAAAAAUCUGCUUUCAAAACUUGAAUUUUGCUUCAAGGAGACAGUAGGACUUUAGUGCAAAGGUUAGUUCCAGGUUUCUUAGUAGAUCAGAGAUCCCAUCUGUGGAUCAGGACAGCUAAUCAACAGGCUGGUGGGACCUGCUGCACAGAGGUUUGACCAUCUUUGUGAGUGAAGAGAUGUGUCGUACUUGUGGACUUCUACACCCUCAUUACUGCAUAUCUGCAUAACCUGCAAACUACUCUUUGCUCUAGACUUGAGUUUUGACUGUGACAGAGAAAAUAAAUCAUAAAGUAAAUAAAUAAUUGCCUUUGGUGAAUUCAGCAUAAUUAUUUAAAGCUGUAUUUAAACCCACACACUUGAAACGAGCUGCUCAUCGACAGAUUAUGGGCUCCAGCACUGUGAAGCCUGCUGAGUGAUAACAGCUCUUUGUAUUAUUCAAAGUAUGAACGUUGACCUUCAGGUAAUUAAAAGUUGUUAAGUAAGGGAUAAGUACAGAGAGACAGUGAUUAUUAGAGAACAAGCCCUGUCAGAGUGAUUCGAGACCCCUGGAGUGAAUCCAUUACAUGUCAAAGUAACUUACACACUUUCACACAAAGAAGUGUUGAAGGAUUAUGUUGCCAAAGGUUUGCUAGAGGUCAAUUCAUAAAAUCUAGUCAAUAUGAAUAUGGAUGGAGUUGGAGGAAUUCCUGCACAAAUGUACCCGCCUUCCUGUCAGGGUUGAUACAGCAGGCAUGAAGGAACGAGGUACAGACAAGCAAGUGAAUUUAUUGUAGAGAUAGAGAUAGAAAGCUCAUACAAAGGAAGUUUCAUCCAGUGAUUUAACAAAGAAGUCUGAAAAUGUGGUGGUACUAUCCUUUAGGACAGAGAUAGGUCAUUGAACAGGACAUACUGUAAUAGCCGACAGAACCUCAUUAUUAUCGGUUAUUGAGUGGCUAACUGAUCCCCUUUGUUUAUUAGACAAUAACUUUGUUGCCCACAGCGAUAAAAGUCAUACAAAGUACACUGAAGUGCAGGUACUGUAUAUUUAUACUGCUUCUGUACCUGCUUGGCCCAGCAAAGACACCACAAGCUUUAUUCUGCUGAAUUUACAUUAACUCCAGUAUGAAUAAGAUAAAUUGCUCACAAACCAAGGUCUUUUUUGGCUUAGUUAUAUCGUAUACAUAUUACUCUACCUUGUACCUGUGUCCCAUACCUUCUUCUAACAACUCUGUCAUGCUGAUUUGGCUCACUUGUGAGGUUUUUUCAUGAAUACGAACAAUAAUUAGCUAUUUUUUUCUUUAGUGUCUCUUUAGUUUAAACUUAAACCCUCCUACAGACUCAAACAUUCAUUAGUAUGUGGUUUCAAUGUACAGCUCCUUUACCUUACAUCUGCAUGCUUCUUUAUGAUGUUUGGUAAAUCUGUGCUACUUUAAAUGAAGAGGCAUUUCUUUCCUUUGGAUCUGCUCGAGGUUUCAGUAGGUUUGUCUUUGUGUCCUUAGCCAUGUGACGUUUGAUGAGUGUUAGAGAUUUUAUGUUCUCUGGACUUGCUGUUUUUACACAGUGCUACAAUGAAGGAUUGACAUUUUUAGACAGCGAAACAAGCCCGAGCACAACUUCAGACUCUUACUGCUACCUACUCUGAGCCGACUAGAAAUCGAGGUUUACAGAUGGGGUACAGGAAGUUAAACAUGGUUCACAGAGAGGGGACAUAACAUGUGGUAAAGAGGCACAAGUUGGAACCUGGACCAUCUGCUUCGAGGAUCUUUCUUAUCUGUAAAUCCAAAAUAUGUUUUCUUGUGUUCAUUCAGUGGGAUCAUCCCUCCUAAAAAACAAAGAAGUAAAAGGGACACUAACAUAAAGUGACACUGACAGUAAACUUUUCACCCUCUGGUAGACUCUAGGUGCUGAAAUAUUUAUUCACAAUACUACAAUCUUUUGUUUUUAGCUAGUUACAGUCACUUUGAUAACCCGUCAAGAUUUGGCGACACAUCCUGGUGCCGUCCCUGCUUACAGUUAGCUCUCAUACUGUUAAGCCAGAGAGAAAGUUGUCCUUCUCUCUAUGACACGCAAAUGCUUCAGUUAUAGUGUCUAAGGUAUUUUUGCUUUGGCACAAAAGGUACACCUUGAAUAUGUACUCAAGCACUCAAACAAUAAAGUGAAAAGGAGCAGUGGUGCAUCCUGGUUUGAAUCUAUGAUCUGAAGUUGUGCCAUGAGCUAGCACUAGAACCAAGAGGAGGUUAAGGUGUUCAGCCUGUGUGUGCUGUAUGUGAAAAGUCUUGACUUUGCAGUGAGAUUCAUUUCAUGAUAUGAAGCUACAGUAGGAGAUGAUGGUGUUACAGUAACUAUCAGGCACCAGUUACCCAAAUGUGUAAUAUGCUUCUAGGGUGUUUUAGUCACAAGCUUGCUAGCUAAUACAACUUAUGAAUAAGACAUAUUAUAAGCAAGCUUUGGAGUUGUUGGAAGGUUUAUUUUCAUUCCCACCUGUCUUUGUGCUAAAUUAAACACAUCCCAGGCGUAUCUUUGUUCAGCAGAUUAAUUGAUAUUAGUCUCUCAUCUGAGUUUGCAUUUUAUAUCAAACAGCAGACACAAACUGUUAUACUGAUCCUUUAAAAGCAAAUACAGUCAUUCUCAAAAGCCUGCAGCAGGUACAAAGACUACCAAUCUGUUCAAGUCUCUCUCACACGCUGUUUGUCUGCAGACGGGCUUCCUGCUGAUUCGCUCUUCAUGGCUUGUUCAAGGCACACAUGUCUCUGUUGGUCCAGGAGUCCUUAUUUAUGGAAUUUGUUAUUUUGGAGCUACAUCAGGGAGUUUAAGGAGAUAUGCAUUUGCGAGAGCAAUUUGUGUUACCUUGCUCCUUGCUUGAAAACUUUGUGUGGGAAGUUUUCUGUUGCAGGGUUGAUUAAAAUGAGUCUCUAUGGAAAUAUUUAAAAGCACUUUAGCUUAGAGUAUGACAGUCCUGUCUCUUCGCUCUCUUUCACUGCUGUUACUGACUAGUCAUGCAAGAUGUACUUUGACCAAUUCUGAUACAAGAACAGAUAGAUAGAUAGAUAGAUAGAUAGAUAGAUAGAUAGAUAGAUAGAUAGAUAGAUAGAUGUCUGCAUGUUGAAUGGUGUCAACAAAACGGAGGGUAAGAAAGAUGGUGUUUUCCUAAGAUAGAGAUGAAUUUGUAUGUGGUUAGCUCGGACUGGCAUAAACGCACAGGUAUAUUGUUGUUGACCUGCAAAGAUGGCCAAGGUGGGGAGUGUUAGCUCUACUGUCCUAAGGCACACUUAUGCUGCGUUCCAGUUAUCUCAGAAGUCGGAUGUCGGAACUGGAAAUGACACUACACCUGAGUUGACCGCGUUCCAGUAAACAAGUCAGAAAACCAAGAUGAACACCUACGGUUAUCCGUUGUUAGCUGUUGUUAACAGUUGUCAGUUUCAUUAGCCGUUGUUAGCCGUUGUUAGCUGUUGUUAGCGGUUGUCAGCGGUUGUCAGCUGUUCUUAGUUGUUGUUAGCUAUACCAGUUGUAAACAACGCUUCACGGUUAGACGUUGGGCAGUUCAACAUUACUUAUUUAAUUUCACAAAAACAAAACAGAAGUGCGAAUAAAUAAUACAUUAGGAGAGCUUUCACUGUUACUCUUAACUGUUGAUGCACUGCGCUGCCAUCUUGGAUUAUGACGUUGUCGUCAAGUCAGGGUUGGUAAGGAUCGGCUGACUUUCCGAGCUGGAAAUCCGACUUCAGGGGGACGUUCCAGAUGAGUUUCCAAAUCGGAGCUCACAAUUUCCAACUUCUGAGUACAACUGGAACGCAGCAUUAGUAAUCCAUGGUGACAUUGUUUGCCUGCAAACUCUGUGAUCCCUUUUUAGAAGUGUUGAAUGAAUUGCACUGUAUUUAGUCUGUUUUCAUGUCUGCCGACGGUUUUUUGAAAAUUACAUUUCUGCAAGAAAAAAUAAACAACUAAAUUAGACGUUGUCAGAUAUGCUUACAGGUAAACCAUCACUUUAGUUUCACACUGACAUAAAAGUCCACUCACUGAAAGAGAGACGCUCGUUAUCUGUCAGUGUGUGUACUUUCAGAGUCUCAAACAGGUCAAGCGAGGUUUGCCCCACUCAAGGACUGCACAUCGUCUUUUAGUACGAGUAUCAGUUAGAUGACAGUUUGUUGUCAUUUGUUUGUUAAACAGACUUUGAAACAGAACACAGCCGUGAAAAAACACACAGCAAAAAUGUCUGAUAAGUUGAACUGGGUUUCACUCUAUUUUACAAUUUCACAGUUACAGCUGCGGCUCGAAAUGACUAUGGAUAUAAACAAGUGAGGCAAUUUGAACUUCAGUUGUUCAUGUGAUAUCACUGUGAAUUUGGUUUUCCUUGAAUUUUGAUUUUUUUCGCUCUAAAGGAUACAGAUUUCCUAGAAAUAACUCUAAAAACCAUUUAAUAUGAAAUAUACAGUAUCAUACAGUGAUAAAAGGGAAACUGUUUCAUCGCAGUGGUGCAGAGGUAUCUUAUCUUUUAGGCGGUGCAGACUUUAAAGGGUGCAACAGACAGCAGAGAAGUGGGUAAAGAAUGGAUUCCUGCUGUUAUGGAUCCACAGAUGUUUUUUUUAUUUUUCAGUACAGCAGAUUAGUAAGCCAUUAAAAUAUGAUUUUGCUGACAUUAAGAAAACAUGCAUUUGGUUAGAAACACAGAACCUAUCUUUAAAGAUAAUGGGAUUUACAGAAGUAUUCCUACCAGGGGGUUGAUGGACCUUCCGCUCUUGGCCAUUCAUUUGUAUCAGUGCUUCAUUUCACUAAACCCUGAUAAAAUAAGUCAAUUUCAAGUGCUUUAGUUUGACUACACUGUUGUUAGGUCUGUCAUUGAAGGUUUGUUUUCUCUCUUCACUCUUUUGCCUCCAUCCACAACACUAUCUGAUUGGCUAGAUAUCACACAGAACAACUUGGAUAUGUACCUGGUAAACUUUUGACUCCAGUAUGGGAUUUAGAUUUUGAUUAAACAUUUGCAUUUCAACAAAGUUUUGUGUUGGAGUUAGAAAAAUCCACAAUUUUAACUUUUGAGAAAGAUUGUAAUUUUUACUGUAAAUUCAUAUUGACUCUAAAUUUUAAUUACUUAGCUCAGGGACUAAUAGUAUUAGCCCAGAAAAGCCAGUGUGCGUUGAUGCCUAAUUUCUAUUGCAUAGAAAUUAGGCUCAAAAUAUGGGCUGAAUCAACAAUAUGAUAAUGAUAUAUGACAAGUCUUUGUACAUAUACAAUUAGCAUUAAACUUAGCAUUUUAUUUAGGAUAAAGUCUGAACAUCAAGCUCUUUUUUUGGCAUUCUUAAUGGUAAAGAAAAUGACAGUCUCACCUGUAUAAAAGGUCCUCUUCUGUUGGUGUUGUUUUCUCUCUAAACCGGUCUUGUGACAUUGCAGAGCCCACAUUUUGUUGCAGUUUGUGGUUGUUUCAUGUCUGUUGACACAAAGCAGGUACAUGUCCCUUUCACUGAGGCUAACUCUGAGCUGUUUUCCAAAUUCUGAUCCUUUAGUAUCUCUCGAUGUCUGCAAGGUAAUUAGUAGGACAGUCGAGUAAUAAGAUACAGUAUAAGCAGAUAUCUUGAUAAUUACAUCAGCAUGAAUUUGACUGGCCGUUUCAGUUGUUAUAAAUGUCAGCUUAUUCCCAGUAAGUGUAGUUUAGAUCUAACCCACAAAGUAUUUCUAAAAAUACACGCUGAUGAUUGUGGAGAGAAGACUUCCACACGUCUAAAUUUAUCUGAGCUGUACUUGAGGCAAUUUUGUGUCAGUCCCACUCUCACAAAAGUUUCAAGGAUCUCUCUGCUGCUGGAAAAAUCCAAGGACAGGGAGUCAUUUUUGUGUAAAUACUCAAAUGUUCCUUUAGGUGCUGAUUUGUGCUGGUCUACUUGAGUGACUGCAGACACACCGAAGAAAUACAGAAAUAACUAUAUUUUCUAAAUUAUGCUCACCAAAACUGAAUCAUCAGAUCUGGUGAAACAUUUAAAUUAACUAUCUUUUGGGUGUUUUCUGUCAAACUUCAUGAAUAUUUGUUUUGCUGCAGCACAUUAAACCUCAGCAGUGAUUAAAAAUCGCUGCUGCAGAUCAUGUGGGGGUCCUUCUGACAGAAACCAUGAUUUAGUAAGAUUCUAUCAUCCCGCAGAUGAGCCAGCUUCGGGUAAAUCCAAAGUGAAAGCCCCCCAGAAAAACCUUGUGAAUCUGAGUCAUUAUCCAGCUUUGAUCAUCUGCUGGCUGAAUGUUAAUUAAUGUAUCACAGCGUAGAGCUUCCUUUCUCCGCAUCUUUGAUUAGCUGAUGUUUUUCAUCAUUAAACAUCACAGAGAGCUGACCACAAACAGGGUAGAACAACAUUCAGUUUAGUUCAAGAGUCUGCUAACAAUGCAGGGGAGGAAAUGGAUAAACAGCACCUGCAGACACCAACAAAGACAAUGGAAACAAAGACUGCACAUCUUUGAUUUUCUACCGUUCAGAACGGUUAAUCAUAAUUUAGAUUUACAGAAGGACUGCUGAGGAUUUUCAAAGUUUUAUCAUUUUGCAAUCAUUUGCGGGUUUUAAAGUACAGUGUGGAGGACUUUGCAGGAUUUAGCAGAAAAAAUGGUAAAAAUGACAAAUAUAAUAUUCAUUCAUAUGUUUGAAUUAGGGCUGGGUGAUAAGCCGAAAAUUUACUGAUACCAAAAUUUACAAAAAUAACCGUCAUUUUGCCCAUGUCAAUAUAUUCGGUGUCAAAUAUAAAUAAAUAAAUAAAAGUUGGUUUUGGAUGUGUGUAGGUAGGCUAUGGUCUCAUGUCCCUGUAAGACACUGUCCUAUGUCUGAGACAUGACUCCACCCCAUCCAGUCCAUAACAAAGAGGGAAAGACAGGUGAGGAGAUGGAGGACGGUUCAAAAGUUAAAGUGGUUAAUGUGGGAGAGGGUAGCUAGCUUGUGGAGUAGUUAUCAUCCAUUUAUCCAGCCAUAGUACUAGCCACCAAACAUCUUUUUAGCUUUGCCAGAUUUUUUUAGCAAAGAGACUAAACACAACUCACUCACUCUCCUCCAGCAGACGCUUGUUUGUAGUGGGAGCCCUGACGAAUCGAUCACCGAGUGCAGCUGAGUUCUGCAGCUCAUUUCCAUGAAGUAAUAAUCAUAAUAAUAAUUUUGCACUGCAGACAUGUCAGUUCUUCUGCCUUGGUGUCUCAGUCUGUUUGCAUUUUCAUAAAGUAAUAAUCAUGAAUGUUCUUCCUUGAGCUGCGAAACUCCACUGCACUGUAUCGUGCAGUUGUUGCUGAAGUUGGUAUAACUAGAGAAGCAAGCAGUUUGCAAAAAUUAUCUCUCGAUGGGGUGUCUUACUCAGUGUUACAGUGUGUUUGACCAUAACUUAAAUUUAUGCCGGAAUAUCCCUUUAACUUACAGGUUACCUUCUGCUCAGAGUUGCCAGCUCUACCAUUGACGGCCAAGAGCAGGAUCUGUUGUGCAGAGCUCACAAAAUGGUCUUUAAAAUGUUGCUGGAGACAAAUCUUUAUUAAUCACAGCUUUUGUGCACUCAGGCCCCAUGGCAUGCAAGAGGGGCCUUUUUUUUUAAUAUAUCUUUUGCCCCUGCCCCUUUAACAGCCUGAAUAUACCACUACCUACAACAUGCUGGUGACCUAUACCUAAUACUGUCCCUGAACACACUCGAUGCAGUAGGAACCUUGAAAGCUUCCCUUCAAUUGUGCUAUACAUGUUUUGCCUUUUGCCUUUCAGUACUGACAGCCUUUCUAAGACAAAAUGAAGAGAUCCAUUUCCUAGAAAAACACAUCAACUCUGUCACUUUGAAACUCCAUCCUGCAGAGCCACUACUCACUCAAGGGCUCUCUAAAUCUAGGAAAUUUGAAUUGGGACAAAAUGUUAGUGUGAACUCAGAGUGAACAGCUCCAGAACAUUUUGGAUUUUAGAUAACAGAAAAGUGGCACAUUCACCAUGGCUGCUCAGAAAAUGCUGAUCGGCUGAAAAAGAGUCACACGGGGAUAAAUCAGAGAUUCCGGUUGCAUUUUGUAGAUCCUACUGCUGCAGAAAAAUCUGGGAAAUAUUUUUGCUUACUUUCUGAGAGCUUUGUGAAAAGUCAUGACUGCACAUGCAUGAUAGACUAUGUGGGCUGCUUGCACAUUGAGUCACAUAAUGAGUUAAGGGAACUGUUUUCCUGACAUACUCAUUACAAGUCUGUCAGAACAAGCGAAGAAAAUAAGAAAGCAGAAGGAAUCCUCAAACUGAUUAGACAUGCCAUGAUAAAAAGACAGAGACGAGUUAAGAGCUCAAAUAAAUAAAACAUGAACGAAAUGUCUUUACUGGAGGGGCUGACAACAGUCACAGAGCUGUGUCUUUGAAUAGCUGCCCACUCUAAAUGCAUUAGUCCGGCUUUUAGUCCAGAGUUUGUCAAUCUCAUGACACUCCGUAAUCUGUUUUAGCUGCGUCUUAAAUAGAUGCUAAAGAAUACAGUCAUGGGAAAGUGAGUCCUUCGAACUGGUUAGUAAAGCUAAAACUUUUUUUGUAUUUUCAUUAUAUAGUUAGGUGUCAGAUCAGCCCAUGGUGGAGAGUAAGUGCUCGGUGUGUUGUGUUUUUAGCAGAAGGGACUAAUGAGAAGAAUCUUUGGAAGGAUGCAGCUGAGGGGAGGACAAACUGCUCAGAAAAGAGAAGAAAGAGCGAGGUUGAGAUGUUGCCAUUUUAUCGCUUGUUGGCAUGUUUGGGUGGAGACAGUUGAAGCUCAAGCAACCCACAGACCGAGUGGUGAUACAAACCUGCUUUUGGGAUUUUCUUGCAUUUGGGAGCAACAGCAAGAGAUAGACCUUAAGUCCUGACUAACACACUGUAUUUCAUUUAACUUUAUUCUUCACACUGUAAGUCGUUAUUGCAAAACUGAACAGCGUCAUCACAGAGGAAUUGUGUCCACCUAGAUAUGGCAUAUACAUAAAAAAACACUCUUACUUGCAUUUAUGUACUACAGAGUAUUAGGACCACAUUGAGAACAUUUUUUGGAAGACUUAGAGAUUAAAGUAGUAAAUUUACUUGAACAAAGUCAAAAUAUCAUGAGAACUGAGUUGUUAUUUGCUAAGCGUUUUGAGGAAUUGUUUCAGUAUAGGUUUCACAAACAAGGAGAUGCUUAAUCCUUUGGCACAUCAUCAUCACAUUGUCAUAAGUAUCAGGUCUUUAAAAAGAAUAUACAAGAAAUGCAUGUUUUCCACAGUAAGAACCCAGCGGUCAUGGAAGAAAUCGCUGCUGUUGUGGAAGGGGAAAUGGCAGUGCAGAGGCUAAAUCCGUCAGAUAGCAUAGGGUUUUAGUUUAUCAUAUGAAUCCAUAUGCCAUAAGGUGUUGGUGCAUCUACAGGUGAAGGUUACUGCCAACACCAGAGACACGGUGCUCACCUAAGCUCGACUCCCUUUGGAUCCAAAAUGGUGAUUAUCAGUUGGAUUGUUUCUUGAGAAAUCACAAAAGCUCUCUGAAUGGCCCACUGAUGCACCCACAGAUAACUCUGCAGUUGACCAGUUCCAGUUCUCCCCUCCACAAAAGAAGCUUUAUGAUUUUAUUUACUUAUUUAACUUUAUUAUUGUAAGUUUACAACUUUAUUCUCCUAACUUUAUGACUUUAUUCUCCUAACUUUAUGAUUUUAUUCUUGUAAGUUUACAACUUUAAUCUCGUAAGUUUACGACUUUAUUCUAAUAAGUUAGAUUUUAUUCUAAUAAAUUUAUGAGCCCCAGGUGUCACUGACCAGCCUCAGGUAUCAACCUGAUACUGAUUUGGUGAAUUAGGUUGAUCCGGACUAAGCGACUGUAUCCUCAUUUUGGUUCUCAUACACACCCUACGAAGGGGUGAUAUUCUAAGAAACCAACUCAUUUUUCUGUGGACACACUUGAGGUUGCAAUAUCAGUGGUCAUGAAUUGCAUGUCUUCUAUGAUGUGUGUUAUCUCUUGAUCUUUCCUUGAUUUCAUGUACACCUUGUUUCAUUUUGCUGCCCUUGUAAAGCAAACUCUGUUUUUGACAGGUACUCUAUAAAAAAUUUAUCCUUCUUCUUUGUCUUCUUUUUCCUCUUCUUCUCAUUAUUAUUAGUAUUAUCUAAGCCCCUGUGUAGUAAUGCAUGUGUAUAGAAAGCACCAAUCACAUCAGAGGAUGGGGGCACACAGAGUAGUUAGCCCCCACUGAUGAACCAUCAUUAGUCUUUCCUCUAUGGGCCUUAGAGUGCUCACUUAAAUGAUCAACUUCAGUGCUUCUUAAAUCCUUGACACUUUUCUUUUUCUCUCUGAGCCUCCUUGGAUCGUCUCUCUUCUGGUUAUACAGCCUGCAGCUGUUUUCAGACAAAAGUGAAGAUUUGGAUGGGAAAGGAAAUGCCCUGCUCGCUUGCUAUGGUAGCAAAAAUGCUCCAGCGUCAUUCAUUGUUGGUAACAAAGAGGGAAAGAAAAGGCACAGAGUCAUCUGGGAAACUUAAGUCCUUAAUGUCUUUCAGGGACUUUUUUUUUUAUGUCUUCCUGUGUCCAAUAGGUAUUGGAGGACGUCACCACCCACACUCACCAGGAUCGGUGUCUUGAUGGAUUGUAAAGGCAGAGUUUUUAUGGCUGCUAUUUUGAUUAAAGGGCUAAACCUUUAAUCUAAGCAACAAGGUCAAUGACAAAUAUUAUGAGUUUAUGCAAAAUGAUCAUCUCUUAAACUAUGUCCUUGUUCUGUGUCAUUCCCCACAUGUAGGGAUGUACUUAUCUAAAUUUAACAAUAUUUCAACUUCGUACAGCCAAGAGCAGCGGUCAUAGUGACUGCAGACAGAGAGAAAGUUGUGCGGUCAAACCCUUCAGCUCUCCAAGCCUCCCUGUUUGGACUUAGAUUCUUCUCCGUGUGUUUCUGAACUGGGUGUUUUUUUUUCACACAGUAAUACACUAAACUUUCAGAGACACAAUCAGGCUAGAAGUCUGGGAUUGUUGUCUUCUUAAAGGGAGUGCUACAAGCUCUUGAAGAUAUGGUGGUGCCUGCUGACUAUGAAGAGCCUUUUGGUCGAGAGAGGGUUUUUAAUCUCUGUUUUAGAUCAUAUGGGGGAGUCACUGUUGGGAAACUAACACAAGAGAGAGGUGCUGUCUCCAAUCAUUUCCUGAGCUGCAGCAUUUUGGACCAAUUAAAGAGUUAGACCAAUUGGAUGAAACAAGUAUAAAGUUAAAAAGAAAUGGUCCAAGCACUGAACCUUGUGGAACUCCAAGGCUAACUCUAACCCCGAGUUUCCACUGCAUCUGGAACGGCUUCAAUCCGGAACGGCAGUGAUUUUUGCCAUCCACCAAUUCCUAUCGGAUCCAUUUGUGAGGCACAUUGCUGCACAUUGCCGUGCUGAACUUAUCCGGCAUGCUCCGGCGUCCGGAAAAAAUAGAACUCUUGCCAUCAGCUGCGGAGUCCAGCAGCGGAAUAGAAAGAAGCCGGUGAAACUUGACACAUUAACUUGAAUGGUUACGAUCAGCUGCGAUUGGUGGAUAUGGCCUUUUUGAAGCCAUUCAGGAUGCGGUGGGUAACCCUGAGGACAUUUCUAUUCACAUGUUCAAGCUAGUUGUUCAAGUUUCUGUUUUGCCUGUUAAGUUUUUUGAUAAAACAAAUAAUCCAUCAACAUCACGCCAUCUUGUUAAUCAAUUUGUCCUGUCUUUGGCUUCAUACAAAAUCAUGUAAAACAGUUGGAGGUGAAAUAAAAGUCUUGGACCCCACAGUCCCAGGACUUGCAGCCACAGUCUCCUGUGUGUUACCCAACUGCUAAACAUAAAUUUGUUAUGUGCAGUUUACAGACAUCACCUGAAGUCAGUCCACAGUGAUGACAGGCAGGACAAAUAUUUGAGAGAAAAGUGCCAAUGUGACAUAAACAAAUCCUGCAUGGUGUACAGUGCAGCAUUACUGACACAAAUUGCUCAAAUAGACACUGCCUUACACACUGUCUUAAUAUGCACAUACACAUUCUGACCAAGGCAGCGCUAUAAUUAAUCUCAGAACCAGACCUAUAUGAUUUAUUCUUAUCCCUAUCUGACCUCAUGCACUCCUAAGAAAAGUCCUCAAGGAUUUACAGUGGAUGACUGAGUUACAGAAAAAGGCAUGUUCACACACACACACACACACAGACACACACACACACACUCCCUGACUGCACAGCUCGAGUCCUGCUGGACCAGGUAUCAUAACCCUUCAUUUCUCCUCAAACGCCUGAACUCUCUCACCUUCCUUCUGCUCCUCUUUUUCACUCAUUUCCUCCAUCUUUCUCUUUCUGCUCGUCCCUGUGGAGCUUCUGAAAAUAGCAGCAGAGGAAAAAAAAGUGGGUCAGCUGCCAUGGAGCGAGGGGGGGUCUGUGUACAGUGAAUUUGUCUGUGUAUGUAACCUAACAAAUUGUCCAGCUACUGUAACUCUGAGUCUCUGGUAUUGUGCAACAUUUCUCAGACAAACAGCUGACUGCUUAUGAGAUUGUCUGAGUUCUGAAAACCUGACGCAACAGCACAUUUGUAGCAUCCAAAAGUACAAAUGUUCUUUUACAAAUCAUCCAUCAAGUCAACAUCAAAGUUUAAACCGUUAAAGUCGUCGCAGUUUAACCUGAAGUGAUGUCUUCAAAGUGCUUAUUUGUAAUAGUUUUAAAUCAUUUUUUUUAAAGGUUCUUUUUUAACCUCUCAUGACUCUUUGAUUAAACAUCUGAGUUUUUUUUAAAAUAGUUUUUAGUUCUGAUAGCUAAAAAAUUAUAAGGUGCUCUGGAAGGAGAAUUGGAGAAAUGCCCAUAAAAAGUACACCUUUAUUAAGUCCUCUUUCUGGUACUUUUGUUUUUUUCCAAAGUUUUGUACAUUAAAGUCUCUAUUUAACAAAAACCUCCUGGACAGGGAAGGACGGACAACUUGAAAAAAAAAAAAAUCAAAUCCCCCUCGUUUUUAUCUGGUGUUACAAUGUACUUCUAUCAGUGUAAAAGUACUGAAUAAUGUUCUCUUUUGCUUUGUACAGACUUUUGUGAAGUCCAAGAUAAUCUCCCUUCAUCAAUGCUCUAAUGCUGAGGCUUCAAACUGAACAUUGUGUAAAUCCAGCAUCCCAAAUUAACCUGAAAUGGUGGAGGUUGAAACGCACACGUACAAAGCAAUAACAACAAAAAAAGUUGUCAACAUUGACAUGAUGAUUUAAACAGAUUGGUGUACUGCAUCCAGUCAAUAAGACGAGCUCUAAAUCUUGUGGCAUAAAUGUUUGGUCUGAUCCUUACCUCAGCCUUUAUCAACUGAUAGCUCAGACUCAACUUAUCCAGCUGGCAGUAUGAGGCUGCCUACUCUUGUUGCUUCCUCUGCAAACUGCUUUACAACCUGCCUCCACCCUAGCUCCACCUUUUCUUCUGUUUCUUAUUUUAACAGCAUCACAUGUAUAGUGAUUGAGGGCCUGCUUUGCUGCUGCUCUACCCGCCAAAGGCUUUGGUAUUCCACGUACACACGGGGGGGACAUGGUGCUCCAAAAACAUAGCCAUCACACCAAAUGUAAUUGCUGUAUGCCAUUGAUUCAUUUUCUUUGACAAAGGUGGUCCUGUAUAUUUUUCUGCGAGCUUGCAAUGAAAUCACAUUUCAAAGAGAAAAAUGAAACCACGAGGAGUAAACAAACUAAUAGAUCUAUCUAAAACUGCGGAGAGAGCAAAGUACCACCCACCUGAGAAGUGCAAAGUGUAUAAAAAACAUCCCUUGAGAGAAUAAAAUCCCCACAGAGAUAAAACUCUCCCGAAAGAGGAAGCGCUCAAAAAGGAAGAAGUGUUCUCAAAUAAAUCCCUGUUGGAAAUCCCUCUGACUGUGCCGCUGCUGUACUGUUUAUGUAAAUCUCAUUAUAUCAGCACACGAAGAAGCACGUAUACAAUGUCUGUCCCUUCAGAUUAGAUUCUUUAAUCCUUACAAGAGUGAGGGUUUAUCAUCCAUCUGAUGAGUGAAAACCAAGAGGUCAGGCAAAGAAACACUUGAGGUACGAGGGCAUCACUGUAAUGAGAUUUCCAAAGUGAAUUCUGCACACUGAAAUGAGAUUUUGUUGAUGCGAUAACUUUGUUUGUUCAUUUGGUAAACAUACAGCCAAACAUAGCUCAAACACAUCUGAGUCUGACUGAUCUCAUUUGGAGUGAAGGAUCACUGCAGCUUGUUCGGUAGUCAAAUUUAUAACAGAGCGGUACUGUCUAUUUUACAGCGACACGCAAACCCAGCUCAUGUGGUCUUGAUGUAAUUGUCUAUUGUGGACGUGGAGGAGAGACAAGAAGAGAUGUACUAUAAAAGGCUCAAGAGAGAGCUUUUGAGGUAACGUCUCUAUUUGCACAAAGGUUGCCAAAACUGUGAAAGUGCUGAAACUUUAAGCUUCGGUUCAGUUUGGGUCUAGGAAAGCACCAGUUCUGCUUUCUAACAAACAACAAAGACUGCAGUGUUAUUUUAUACAGCUUGGUAGUAAUGAUAGUAAAGGUUCUCCAUUGCAAAAAAUAAAUAAAUAAAAUUGCGUCUGAUUGUACCCACUGGUUUUUGCCCUGACUGAACAUACCUAAAUUAGUGAUGUUUUGUGUAAGCCAUGCAGUAGCAAGCUUGAGGCUUACAUAAACUGGAUAAAAUUGGACAUUUUCAUCCCUGUUGUGUGUAACUUUGUAACGUUGAUCCACAAAAACAAACCUACACACUUCUUCAUGUCUGAGGGAAGACAAAAACAGAAACUUACAGUGUUGAUCAAAACCCUUCCUUCAACUUCCACUUAUCCAGUUUACUCUGCUGUACUUAGAUUCACUGUGUCCUGCACAGAUUGGAUUCAGUGUAACUUCAUAAUGCUCUGUUCCUCAUUUUUAAAACCUUGCAUUGAACAAAUAUGAUACAAAUUAGUCCCACUUUGUUCCAUCAUCUGAUGCAUGUCUUUGAUAGUGUCCCUUUCAGGUGUUCUCCAUAACUGUAAUGACACCCAAAAAGCACCAUGUGAUACAAAAACAAUAUAACUGUGUCGUGAUUCAUGUGUGCAUGAAGAUUUACUGAUCAAUUAACUUAAUGUGGGAUAUAAUCCACAAUCUCUCCGCUUCCCCUGUGUGCAUGUGUGCGCUACCUGUUUUUCAUAACAAUUUAGACUUGCUUUUUCUUGCUUAAAUGAAAUUGUGUCAACUCUGCUUAAAGGGAUACCCGGCUUUAAAUGAAGUUAGGGUCAAACACACCGUAUCACUGAGUAAGACACCCCGUCGAAAGAUGAAUGUUGCCGACCACUUAUUUCUCUAGUUAUACCAACUUUCAUAACAACCCCAGAUAGCAAUACACAGAGCCACGCGCUCAACCGAAAGGCCACUCUAUAGCCACAAAUAAUGCUCAGAACAGCACCUAACUUCAUCAACAGUACAUAUAGGGUCCCAGCCUCAGCACUAGCCACCAAACAUCUUUUUAGGUUUGCCUGAUUUCUUUAGCAGAGACUAAUCACAACUCACUUACUCUCUCCCAGCAGCCAUUUGUUUGUAGCGAGACCUCCAGAUGAGUCCAUCGGCUGCAGCGGGGUGAUGCAGCUCAAGGAAGAACAUUUAUGAUCAUUUCUUCAUGGAAAUGCAGUUAGACAGAGAGGCCAAGGCAGAAGAACUACCGCGUCUGCGGUGCAAAUUGAUUAAUAUGGUGACUAUUACUUCUAGGAAAAGAUAAAGUAAUGAUCAUAAAUGUUCUUCCUUGAGCUGCGUCACCCCACAGCAGUCUGUAAUGGACUGGCCUGAGGUCUCGUUACAAACAAGCGGCUGCUGGAAGAGAGUGGGUGAGAUGUGUUUAGUCUCUUUGCUGAAGAAAUCAGGCAAAGUUAAAAAGAUGUUUGGUGGCUAGUGCUGUAGCUAGGACCCUAUAUGUACUGUUGAUGAAGUUAGGUGCUGUUCUGAGCAUUAUUUGUGGCUAUAAAGUGGCUAUUUGGUUGAGUGCGUGGCUCUCUGUAUUGCUAUCUGCGGUCAUUAGUUAAGUUGGUAUAACUAGAGAAGCAAUCAGUCGGCAACAUUCGUCUCUUGACAGGUUGUUUAACUCGGUGUUACAGUGUGUUUGACCAAUACUUAAUAUUACGCCGGAAUAUCCCUUUAAAAGUUUACUGGACUUUAAGAAGAACAGGUUUUUCAAGAGGUAGAUCAGUUAUUCCAGAUCUUCAUUUAGACCCCUGGUUCCUGGAGCUAAGUCUCUCAAAAGCGUCCUUAGUUCCCGGGGACAGUUUCUGUGGUUGAAAAGCACCUGUGUCUUUGUCCUUGACUUUUAUUGCGCUGACUGUGAAGACAUCCCUAGAACAGCUUUACAAUUUGACAUGAACAUAGCUUCACUGUAAAACCCCAAAAGGAUUGUUCCAUGCAGGCUGCUCGCUGCUGUAAAUCUCAGCAAAAUGGGACACUGUCAUAAGACAGGGUCCAGGUGCCUUGAGGAGAGACAGCAACAGGUCUGCUGAUGGAUAAUUCAUCCUUAUGCCUCUGGAUUUCAAGUUCAGGUCAUCACCUAGAAAGAUAAAUGUGGAUCACUAAGUCAAUCUGAAAACCUUUUUACUCUACACCCUCAGAAAGACAGCAAAAAUCUCUUGUGUAACAUGGUAGAGGGAACCAACAUGCAAUACAAAUUCUGUGAAGUUUGGACUGGUUUAAUACUGCACAUACUGACUUGACUCACCUGUCCUUGUCUGCUGUUCUUCCCAGGAUUCAAGUGUCCUGUCUGCUCCAAGUCUGUGGCGUCCAAUGAAAUGGAGGUUCACUUCAUCAUGUGUCUAAGCAAGCCUCGCCUCUCCUACAAUGGUAAGGAAUGCCUUUGUCUCUCCGUGUGUUUAUCCUUGUGAAUCCAUCAGGAGACUGCUCCAGAUGCCUUUUUAAAAGAAGGCCAGUAAAAUGAAAAAUUGAUUCUGGCUCAGAUUGUUCAAGGCCAUGUCCUUUUUUUUUUUUUUAAUAUAUCCUCCCAAAAUUACUCUCUGUCUCUUGUUACUGCUGCUUUGCUGAUAAAUAUUUAUGGCAGGGUGGGUGGGUCCACAGACUUGUAUUUGUUGUUGAGGUAGUUCUCCCAAAACAAUAAAUAUGAAUGAGGUGAAAUGAGGAAAUCAUAAAAAUUCAUAGAAACAGUUUACACAACCCCACAUAAUCUUUUAUGCCCUGCAGACCUGAAAAAUCCAAGUACAACAUGUUCUGCUAAGACCCCUGACAGAAUUCAACCAUUGUUGUGACUUUUUUCAUAAUCACAAGUUUGCAUUAUUCACUAAGGAGACAUUUAAAGGACAACUAAGACCAAUAUCGAAAAAACAGAGAAGUUUUGAUAUCUGUGUUCAUACUAAUCAAGAAAUUUAUGUUUGAGACAAGAUUUCAUCUGAAAUCUGCUUUGACUCAUCCCACAACACAUGCAUAUAAAUCCAGUUUCAGGGUGCACUGCAUCAUGUGGCCCUAAAAGUUCAGAUUGCUGUGCAUCACAAUCACCCAGUGAGAAACUGCAAGAAGAUAGGAACAUGAUCCCACAAGUCGGGUGUUGAAUUACAUUAGCAUACGGGGGUCAGUGUGCCGUCUUCUUCUAUCUUCUUUAGUGCGGAAAUUUAAUUUUUUACCUUUUUUUUGACAGUGUUUUUCAAGACCUUCUAGUCAGCAUCAAACAGCCAAAAUAAUAUGACCUGAUUUUAACCUAUUUCAAUAAAAUGACAGACUCCCUCUCUGUACAAGCAGCCGUUUACUUUCAGUGGAUUCAUGCAAAUGUAUGACCAACACCUUAACUGUUUGUGAGUGUGUAGAAAUAGACAAGAAGUGAAAGGUAACAAUUUCAUUCUAACUUUAGAAGCAAAGGCAGCAUGUUUGAACCCAUAUAUGGUUUUGGUGUUCGUGUAGAUUGAUAUCCAUUGUUGAUAUUUCAAAUGAAUGCCAACAACAUGCUCAGCUUGGUCUUUUCUCUGCGGUGUAAAAAUGUCAUGUGGGAUGUAACAAGGCUGGGCUUCGGGAGCCGAUCACGUCAGGGUCUUUUAUUUUGUGUUAUUGAUUGUCUGUGUGGAGCUGCUGUGUUCUCCUGUUAGCUCAUCCUUCACCGUCUCCCCCUGACACUCUGCUCUCCUUCUCCAUGUGUUUCAGAGGCAGGUUGAUCGAUUUGAUGUUGCUGCUGUUAAUGUGUUGCUUCUGUGUGUGUUGUAUGUUUUGGAGAAAAGAAACCUGCUCAGUUAUGGCCAGAGUAAAUCUUUAUGGACUCCUUUAGAUGCUAAUGCCAUGUCAUUCUUUGGACUUCUUUUCAGGGAGAGUUAAUAAGGUACAUUCACUGAGGUUUUCAACAUAUUAUACAGGAAAUUUGAUGGUAAAAUCUAAAUUACUGGUAAACAUUGAAUAAAUGUUUUUUUUAGCUGCAACAAACCCCCUUUGAAAUUCACUGAACCAGCUCUAGCUCUGGAUGACUCAUGUACUUUAUUUCAGUGAUCAAGAAGCUCACAGAAGAUCACAUAUUUACAGCUAAAAUUUCUCUGAUAGUCUGUGUAACAUAUGAUGAGAUAAAUAAGAAAUGAAAACCUCUGUUUUAAGCGCCUGUUUAAAGGCGGUUUAAAGUAACCCAUCAUUGCUCCUGGAUGCGUCCCAAUAAAGGCCUGUGGCUUCUUCUACAGGUGUACAGAUAUUUAUAAAAUACUGUAAUUUUUUUUCUCUGAGUUUUCAGUAAAAGAAUUUCAGUCCACGACAGAGGGUCUUAACUUGGACUUUGGUAGUAAUAUAUUGAUGUAGAGCGGCUAGGUUUACUUGUUACAGCAACGAAUAGACCUAAGCAAACUUGUGGCCCUCCAUCUUGGUGCAUGCACAAUACUUAUACACAACAAAACAGUGACCAAGUGGCAUUUUAAAAAAUCUACACCCUCACAUGCACCUUUUAGAAACUUCUGUUCAUGGCCAUUUUGCUCUUUAAGCCCUGGUCCUAGAGUUUCUCUGUCUAAAACAACACUUUUUGGAUAGUCCUGCUCCAGUGUUGACAAUGAGUGAAAAAUAUGAUGUACAAAGACAGUUAUCUGAAAAAUACAUUUUAAAACAACUUUUUUUAAAACUUCAUUUCUUAACUUUAUCAGGAGCUACUUCUGGGUGAGCACCGGAUAUCAACUUGACUUUUCUCAUGGAAAAUCCAACCCGAUUGCUGGCUCAGGAAUUCAGUAUAAAGGAAUAAAAGAGAAUAAAAGAUUAAAUAGUGGUUAAAAUAGUGACACUAUUUCAAAACAAACUUCUCACAGUGCCUUUGAGUCAACUUGAAAGAUUUCAUGUGAUCAUCGGUUAAUCUGAUGUUUGUAACCUAUUUAUUUACUUAUUCAUUCAUUUGUUGUGAUGUACCGUUCAAUCAAAGAAAUCUGUUGGAUGUCAAAAUCGAAGCGUCUAAAAGGGGAAAAAUCACAGACAUUUCUCAGGGUCCAAGACAGUCGUUCUGCGUUGUCUACUCUGUGUCCGUAAAAACACUCUGGGCUAUUUAUGAAUGGAAGAAAAAUGUCCACAUAGAGAAAGAGGGUCAGUUUAGCUGCUGCAGAAACACUGUCUCCCCUCUGGUCUACAGGCUCCUCUUUUAAUAAAAUCCUGGGUUGCUUGGAGACGUGUGAUUGACAGCAGUCAUGUCUGUUCAUGGCCCCUUAGCAAAUUGUUUGAUUGACAGUUUCUUGCUUGACUCAAGUUGCAGCCUUGAACUGAUCUGAGGCCUCGAUGUCACCUUGUAGAAGUCUGUGUGUGUGUGUCUGUGUAUGUGUGUGAGAGAGAGAGAGUAGUAGAAACAGUGUGUCUUGUUCUGAUAAUAAUGAUAAUGUAACCACACAGACUAAAUCAUGUAACAUUGUUCGAGGGAGGCAGAGGAGGGAAGUAAUUUUACAGCACCACAAAUAGCUGUCAACCAGGCCCACAAGGCCAGUGCGGUAAAAAAUAAUGUACGUUUGAAGCCUGCAGCCUGAUUCAGACUGUGAGGGGGAAGAUUGAGUGACAGAGACAGAGAGAGGAGAGUGAAACUGUCUUGAAGAAGAUGGGAUCCAGAGUGAUGGAGUACCCUGAUGGCCGAUAACAGUGGAGAGGAGAGAGGGUAAAAGGAGAGCGACUCCCAUAAUUCCUCCUUUUUUCCCUCAGUUCUGUCUGUCCUGUCACUCUUUAUUUUCAGCAAAUUACUCUCUCCUGUUCCCGCUCCGUCCCUCUGUCCUCUGUGGGCUUGUCUGUCUGUCCAGCUCUGUUCUCGCUGUGUAAUCUUUCCGUAAUUUCUCUCUCUGUUCUCUUGGGUUUUUGAGAUGCAUAAAACAGACCGAGCUGCUGCUUAUCUCGUUUCCCAGCAUGCUCAGGGGUCUAUUGUCAAUCACCUGGGCCUUCUGACUGCUGAACAUCAGCAUAUCUCUGAGGAAGGGCAUUACAUGUGCUCACAAUAGAUGCAGGAAUACAAUCAGACUCUCAGAGGAUUGCUUUGACUGGCCUAGCAGUUACUUUACCUCAAAUGUGCAUCUAGUCAUGCCAGUGUAUGUAAAACAGUGUACAAUAGAGUCACGAUUGACUUCCUCAUACUUUCAUAUACUUUUCCAAUGUUCUCUGCUAUCUUAGCAUCAUAUAAUAAAUUUUACUCAUUUCAUUUACAUCUGGUCUGGACAAUCAUGACUGAAGCUUCAAAAAUACUUUCUCAGUCCCACCUGAUCCUGCACAUCUGUUGGUUUAUUAAAAUGCUUCUAUUGUUAAUUUCUGCAUUCGGGGAAUAAAAUGUUUAAAAGAUAAGACACAACCUGAGACUUUAAAACCCUACAUUGAAACUUUAAGGUAGGGUAGUCAGGAUCUGAGGAAAUGCCAGUUUUUAGGAGACAUCUUGAAUGUAAACACUACCCCUCCCAACCAGUUUUCCCCUCAGCUCCUCCUCUCCCCUCCAUCUCUGGUCCAGCAAGCCCCGCCCACAAACAGACGCUCCUGCUCGCUCGUAUCGUUCCAAUUAAAAUCAGAUAUAAUGCAGAUAAAUACUUAAGAGAAUAUCAAAUGGGGCCCAGUCAACGUGAAAGUAAAAAGCAUUGGUGCUACUGUAGAUGCCAAAAGACUACCAGCAAACACAAUGUUGACUUCUACAACUAGGAUAAAAUGACAUAGUCCAGGACCCGAGGUAAACAGUUUAGCGACGCUACAACACGCAGCAGGUCCCAUUUGACAAGAAACACUUCUGUUACACUUUUGUACUUACUUUGUAAAAGCUGUUUACCUGUCCAGCAUAAAGGUUACAGGGUCUGUGAGAUCCAGAAGCAUCCCGUAUCAUGCUAGCUUCAUUGAUGUUGACCCGGCUUUUUAGCUCUUGUCUACCUCCUUUUUAGGUGCCUGUUAUUCUGCCAGAGGCUCCGGUAUUUACUUCGUUUUCUUCCUUGUGUUGGCAGUCGUGGCUAAAGGAGAAUUCAGACAAUUUUCUGUACUUUCUGGUUGGUUUCUACUGUCCGAUAUUGUAGCACACUAACUUUGUUUGGGCUCAUGGACGACACGGGGGAGCAGCGUCUGCCUCACAACCAGUCAGGUUAAGGGAGGUGGAGAACGGCUUUGAUUACAGUCAGAAAGAGCGGGCCUCUCAAAAAAUUAAAAAUCUUGACUACACAGACACAACAAAACACAGCGAUAUUGUUGUAUUACCAAAUGUCAUCAAUAACUAAUAGGUAUUGACUGAUAUUAAAAGCUCUUUUGUGUAUAGACCAUAAAAAAAGGUGUUUCUUUAACGGAAUCCUGCCUACCCCACCUUCAAUGCAUGUGACAGGCCUUUCAACUGUUUACCAAAUAGCUGGGCAUCUUAAUUCACAAAACACAAAGUAUUAAAGCUGAGAGAAGAAAACUUGAUUUGUACCAGACUUGUCCACUCAAGGACGUGGGGCAGCUGUGGUUCAGCUGUUGGCCAUGUCUCAGUCAGACGGUCAGGGGGUUCAAUCUCAGGUCUGGUUGUCUAAUUGCAGAAGUGCACUUGGACAGGACGCUUAAUACCAGGAUGCACUUGGUGGCAGUGCCAGCAGGAUGUGACUGAGAUCAGUAAGCACCGAUGGAUGCUUUACAAAGCAGCUUUCAAGUUUUCAGAAGACUAGAGGACCAUUUCAGUGCUCCCUUAAUUUCCCCCAAAUAGUCUGUUAUUUAAAAUAUUUACACAAAAUCAUUGAAAGAGACAGAGGGAUUACUAUUUUACUCUAAAGAUCUCAGAUCAGUGCUGACUUACAUUUUCAACAGGCCAUCUGGUUGGUAGAAAUUUGACUAUGAUUGAUCAGUCAACCCAAUAUGAGGAGACCAAGUAGAUGGCUAACAAUUUUCAGCAGAGGCAAGUUAUCCCACCAAAAAAAGAGGUUCAGGUUUUAUUUUCAUACACUGUGGUCAAAGCUGGAAAGCUGUCUGCCCUACAGUAGUGGAGUCUUUGUAGACCGUACCCUGAUACAUUUAUGAGACAUUGCAGACCUUAGGACCAAUACCCAAGAUAUAAAAGAAGCUGAUUUGGUGACAGACAGGUUGAUGUUCAUGGGGAAUGGUGUGAUUGGUUAUGUUUGCAGGAGAGUUAAAUAUGACCUGAAGAGUGAAACAAGACCACUAAAAACAGUUCACAGUUCCUUAUUUUAAAAUUCAAAUCUCACUCUGAUCUUUUUUACUACUUAUAGUGUUAUCAGUGGUCUUUAAAUUGUGAUUAUGAAGUUUUUAGCAAAAAUCGUGUUACCUGUGUCAUUAUCAAGGGCUUUUUGUCUGCAGAGCUACAUUAGCUCAUUAGAAAUUCACCAAUACUCUGCAUAGUCGUCUUCACGCUAGCUUGCAGCCUAACAUUGUUGGUGUCGUAGAAGCGGCAGGUAACAUAGUAGCUAUUCGGCUCUUGGACACUAAUGUCUUUAAUGUCUGAACCGGCAGUAUGGGUCUGCCAGAGAUUCUCAGCAAUUUGAAAGAAGAAAUACUUAGAAAAGCAAUUUCGCAUUUAGUUUUCUCAGGAUAUUUCCUGUAGCAUCAGAAAAAUGCCAUAUGAACACAUAAAAAACAUGAAAAACGUGAUUUUCAUCGGAGUGGGUCUUUAAAUGUCCCAAACAGCUGCAACAAAUUCAUCACAAGGGAUGUGUUUUUGCUGCUACAUGAAAGCAAUACGAGAGUUUGUCAGAAGAUACAUCCAUGACGCAAACAGGACAAGAUCAGCCAAGGGUCAAGAUGCAUAUCUUUGCCCAAAGAAGGCACCCAAAUCAACUAGUCAAGUAUUGUUCUGUCUAUGCUGUUACAGCCUUGAAUGUACGAAAGCUAAUGCAGCCACAUAGUCCAAGUGUUUUCUUUCUAUAUGCAUGUGAUGGUAAAGGUAAAUCAUGCAGUAGUUGUUGUGAAUCAGGUAAAGGUUAUAGGUGGCACAGUGAGUCCAUGUGAGCUGACCACUUGAUCUUUUCUGGGCUCGGACUUUGCACGAUGAUAUUUUAAUGCCUCAAACUAAAUAUAGCUCCUUGCAGCUGGGGGAAGGGUGGGGGUCAGAUACACACACCAAAGUCCAGAGGGUGGUGUAAAGACACAGAAGCAAGAGUGUGUGUGUGUGAGUGAGUGAGUGUGAUGGGAAGAAAGGUUCAGAGAAGGUUACGAGUUUGCUCUUUCAGCUCAGGUCACUAGUAAAGAAAGAGGAAAGAGAGAAUUGAGUGCAGUGAUACAGAGGAGCAAAGAUCCACUCCUGUAGCUCAUUACUGAUGUGAGGUGCUGGAUGCCAAAUGUCUGUUCUGUUGGCAUGGCAGCAAGCAGGAGAGACAGCUGAAAGUCAAGAGGGAGACAGACAGGUGGGGAGAGAGCUGAUGAUUUAAAGACUCUGGACUGUCUGCAUGACCCGGGCGCACUCAUUGGGCUGCCCUCUUAUAGCUGACCCAGUCAGUUUAACUCAGCUGACAGUGUUUUAAUUCAGCCUAUUUCAGUUUUAGUCAGUUCCUUUUAAUUAAAUUAAUUAAUCUGUUUCAAAGACUUAAGUCACAUCUAAGUUUUUGUCAAAGUGGAGUGAAAAAUGAUCAAAUGACAAAAUACAACAAGUAAAACAAUUAACACCCAAAAUAAACAAAACAAUAAGAAAACAGUAUUUCAAAUUAAAGUUUGGCAUCAAACUAACUUAGGUCACUUUCACACCUGACCAAGCAAACUUGGUUUGAUUGGGGAGCUGAAAGUCGCAACAUUGUCGCAUUUAUCACUUGUUUCGGUUCUGCUUUCACACUGUGAUUUCUGAAGCGCACCGAACUUUCCGAGCAGCAUCACGUGGUUUAAAGGGGCGCUCGUCGAUUGGACAAAGUAAGAGGGGAAAUCCCUCUAUCCCGCUCCAGAAAAACAACAGUAAAGAUGACCAUCAUGUGAUGUUGGCUGUUCUGGGGAUGUCAGAAGUAGGUUUAUGCUGUCAUCUGACCAUAUUUCAAGGAGAGCUUUAACCUCUUCGUCUGUCCACGUCUGUCCUCUCGCCAUGUUUGUUUUGGCUUGGAGUGCGCGCCAUGCUUCUUCUACCAAAGAUGCACUGCGUCUAGCGUCAUUACAUACAUUUGGUCCUGUGUUUGGUCCAGUGACCUUUCACACUGCAUACGAACCGAACCAGGGUUCACUUGAAAGUGAACAGAGACCCACGUUUUCAGGCGGACCAGAGUUCGCUUGUUUGGUCCGCACCAGAGUUCGGAUGAGCCUUCACACCUGCCCAAAAGAAGCUGGACUAUCCAAGGAAACGAACUCUGGUCCGUUUAAAGCGGACCAAACAGCUCUGGUGUGGAAGCGACCUUAGUCUAACAGAAGAGUUUUUUAAAGUAGCUGACAAACUUUUAUUGGUGUCUCAGUGUCACAGUUAGUAAGAAAAGUUCAGAGAUUUCUGGGGGACAGUCCAGGUAGUUUUGUGUUGAAAUGAAUGAAGAACUGUUCUGUUAAACACUAAAAUGACCUUUUAGUGGUUCCUCUUUUAGGGAAACUGAGCCACAGACAGGGGGUUCCAUUUUGAGACCAGGGAUGUUGUGCAGGGAAUCUUUCUGACACAUCUUGCAUCUAGUAGUGUCAGUUUUUGAUCAUAAUCAACAGUUUAUGGGUAGGCUUGUAAAUUUAAGGUUAUUUCUGUGUAAUAUAUAAGUAACAGUGUUAUCAUACACAUUCUUCACAACCCUCAUGUUGUGGAUGCAAACAAAAAAAGUGCUUAUUUAAUGUAUGCAUAUUUGAAUGCUUGGAUUUUUGCAUUUACUUGCGUCAUUCGUUCCUCUCAUCAAUCUAGUGUCAAAUCAUGUUUAUGCUAGUGUCAAAUGAUGUGACAUGGUUGGGCUUGACUAUAUCAUCAGGAUAUGUUGUGUUUUCACAGCCUCCUCACUCACUGACUUUACACCAUCGGGCUUUUUUUCAUUAUCAUUUUGAUGAAAAGACGAAAUUAAAUGGAUAACGUGAACAAACGUGACAGUGUUAUUGUAAUAUUAACAAAUUAAUGAUGCAAUAAUGUCUCGAGUUGAUUCAAAGAUUUAUCCACUUUAAGUGAAUUUCAACAAAAUCCUGUAUCUUUUUUGGUAAAAACAAAAGAGCGAAUUCUGCUCUCUGGUGUUGUACAGUAUGUCGUACGAAAAUGAUCUGGUCUGAAGCUGUGACACUGAUAAACUGUGACACCAGGACAUGCAGUGGUACAGAGUGAGUUAAAUCUAUGUUAUCUUGCUUGAGCACCCUGAGAGGCUUUAUAAAUGAGCAAUAACCCUUCAUAAUGAGCUCUGCAGUUCAUAAGGAGACAGUGGAGGUUAUCUGAACGGUGGCGACACACUCCCAUCUGAUCCAGUUAAAAGCCUUGCAGCUGCAGUUUGUACUGCAGUCUAUGUAGAGAGAGUUGGCCUGAGGCAGCACUAUGAUGAGGUAUGGAUCUAACUUUAUCCAGAUGACCUCAUUUUUUAUGUUUUUACAAGUGAAGGAAACAAGAUUGAACAACCCUCUCUACUUGAUUAUUUAAGCUGGGGUCAGGUGUUGACUUUAGAUUUAAAACACUCUGCACUCACAGUCAAGCCUGAACUAUUGUGUCUCUUGAAGGACUAUGCAGACUUUUUUGGAGGCUGAUUAAUCUCUGAGUGCUUUCCUGGUUGAAUUUGUAUUCUAAGUAUAUUUUGAGGAAGAGGAGGAGGAGUGGAGCUGAUGUAUUGUUUUCAGAUGGAGCAUUCAGAUUCCUGAGAUCCAGUCUUAAGCACUCUGUCGAAGAGAUGCCGUUUUUUUUAAGAGGGGGUGACUGAGGAUGGAUGGAAAGAAGGAUGUUCUUCAGUAAACAAAAGAAUAACAGAAGGAGGGUCAUAAAAGGAGAGGUAGAGUGAGGGGGAGGAAGAGGAGAGGCGAGCUGGGGAAUGGGAGUUUGUUGAAGAACUAAGCUGAUUUGCAGUCAGAGCAUAUGUCUUCUGUCUCUUAUUCUUUCUCACAGUCUACCCCCUGUCCUUAUGUGCCCUAUAUACUUUAUCCGUCCAUUUUUCUCACUUGCCAUUCAUGCUUCAUCCAUCCAUCCAUCCAUCACAGUGGCAUCAAUUGAAUUUUUGGGAGGGAUACACAUUCACUAUUAGGUAAAACAACAAUAAUUAUGAAAGUGUACAAAUUAAAUGAAAUAAAGACAAUUAUCUGUAUUUUCAGCUAAAUGAACAUUACCUUUACCAUGCGAGCUCAUGUUUGUUCAUGGUUGUAAGAUUUUCUACAAGUGCCGUCAUUGCAGAUGUUGUUUUAUUUUGAAGUCCCAAGUAAUCAGGUCAAAGCUCUUAAACUCUGAGCAUCUCUUGCAAAGACCUUUAGAGAUAGACCAAGCAAUUUCACCUGUGAAUGGCAUUUUGAAACAAUCGGCACUUGCUUUCACUCACAAGGUACGCACGCACGCACACACACACACACACACACACACACACACACACACACACACACACACACACACACACACAGUUGUAUAUACUUGCUUCCUUAUUACAGACACCAUCAGCGGUUGAAAAAGGCCAUCUGCUGCCUGCUGAUCUGAUCAUCUCUUUUCAAACAACAAAAUUUUACAACUGAGUUUUUGCCUUUUUUUUUAUUGGUUUAUAGUUCACUCUGUGACUCCAGCCUUAAACUUGUCAAGGUCAACAACUCAUCCCCCCCCAAUGAAGUAGGAUUUAUGACAAUGCUGCGUCUGUAUGUCUCUAUCACAGGGACAGCUCGUUUGCUGCAGGCUUGCGUGUGUGAUGUUGUGUUUGGGGUUACUGGUUGCACCCUAUGUAGCUCCUCUUUCUUGUAUAAAAAGGUAUGUCACCCAUUUAUAAGAAAAAUACCUUAUGAUAGGGGAUGAGUGCUUUAAAUUCAACCAAAUCGUGAGUGACAGACAAAGAGAAGAAUUAUCAUGAGCAGUUAAUGCAGGAAAAGAAAGAUGUAACAAACAAAAUACAUGCUGUCAGUUUCACACCCAAAGAUGACAGACAAAGUGAAAACAAGCAGAUAAUUGUUGUCAAGCUGCGACCAGCUUGGCUCUUAAUUGACUCACUGUGGAUUAGAAACUGAGAUUCCUGCUUCUGCUUUACCAGCCAGCUAGUUUCAAAGUGAGGAGCUCUGUGCUCCUCCACACUGACAAAUGCAAAAUGAGAUGUCACACCACAUCGUCUAUCAUAUGUCUGGUUCAAAAUUUAAUGGAUUAUUCAAGAUAAGAUCUACUGUAAAAGUUGGUGGUAUUAUGUUAAUAAAGUUAAUGUGCCAGUAUACUAUGUAAGGAGAUGAUUUUUUACUCUAUAUUUUACCCUGAAGAUGGCGCUCAAAGAAGCAGGGUCACCACUUUCUGAAAGCUUUACCCUCUUAAUCAGAUAAGAGUGUAUGUAAAGUAAAUAACACUAUCACUAUCAGGUAUAUAAACCUUGUGGACUGCUGGUUAUUAAGACCUCUAAAUCAAGAACAACGAGUGAGUGGACCAAGUGCUGAAGAGGAAGCAAACUAAAAAUACAAAGAGCAACGUAACAUGCACAGAAAUAGCAUGUUUUGGACUUGGCUCAAAACAGAAAUGUGUCAACACACCAGUGUGACAUACAUUUCAGAUUUUUUAAUUUUUUUAGGAUAAAACAAAUAAAUGACAAACCAUUUAAAGAAUAUUCAUUCGGGUAAACAAGUGCAGACCAUUGCCUGCUCAGUAGUAAUGCACACAGUAGUGAGCCUAGUGAGACUUGCCAUUUUUUUUAAUCAAGUUUUAUGCUUCAUCCAUGUCUGCUGCAAAUACUUGAGAUAAAAGGAUCCUGGAGAGUGGAGCACAGCAGCUUUUCUCAGUAUAAACAAUCCAAAGUGAAAAUGAACAAUUUAUUUGCAAAGACCCUGGAGUUGAAUCAAUAGAUAGAAUUGAUUUCUCACUCAGCUCUUGUUGACACAAGGAUAAAAAUAAGAGCCAAAGCAAUUUUAUUUCUUGCCAAUUUUGUCUGCUGAUAUGUACAUGCAAUAAUAAUGUUUAUUACCACAGUUCUUAUACAGGGAACACUGCUGCUAAAGCUGAUUUGACUACUCAGCUUGUCUAGCAGAUUACAUACCAACUUCAUGAUUUAAAACAGAGUAAGUAUUAUCUGUAGCAUUUUUAAAAAGCUUGAACAAUGUUAAGCAUUAUUUUAUAAUGAAAUUUAAUCAAGAAAGCAAACUUCUGAGUACCUAUACCAUCAACAAAGUCAAUACAUUUAUCAUGAGCUUCAAUGCUAACCAACAAAUAUACCUCAUCGAUCACAAUGCUCAGGAAUUACACACCUUCAUUAAUCAGAAAUCAUCUCAAGAAAAUCACAUAUCAGUCAGCUAUAAUUGAGAUCAUUUUAACCCUCUCUCGAAAUUUUGCAAGCAUCAAACAAGCCUAACCACAGACUCUGUGAACGAGCUGUUAGAAGAAACAGCCAGGAAAGCCCGCAACUGUCAAAAACUUGAUGCGAUCAAGUCAAAUGCAGAUGUCAGAUGACUUUAUGACCUGUUUAAGCUAUUGUGGAACAGACUAUGAACUCUGUCAGUGGCAAAAAAAGAGACCUUGUAACUGUUAAGGGUACCAAACGGGGUCAAAUGGACCUUUUCACACUUUCUUCCUUAUCAUUUUAUGGCAGUAAGUGCUUGACUGAAGAUGGCAUUUUAAGGUAAGUUUGUAUAUGACUGGCGCUGGUAUUUUUCUCUUGUGGAAACAGACUUUGGACUUCUUAUUCAUCUUAAAAUGUCUUUUGUGUUUCAUAUUGGCACAAGCAGGAACUAACCAGUCCAUUUACUUUGUGAAAUGCACCACCCUGUUCCCCUUACUGCUCCCUGCUGUGUUUGAUAUGCUGUUCAAGUCUGAAAUUGUGGCUGUCUUCGGUGCAUACUGAUACAUGUUCUGCUCUUUGUGUGUGUGCGUGCGUGCGUGUAUGCGUGUGUGUGUGUCUGCCACUUUAGAUGAUGUGCUGGCGAGGGAUGCCGGUGAGUGUGUGAUCUGUCUAGAGGAACUGCAGCAAGGGGACACCAUAGCCAGACUGCCGUGCCUCUGCAUUUACCACAAAAGGUGACACACACACACACACACACACACACACACACACACAGAAAUGAAUCAUUGCCUGUUAUAUAAUUCUCCACUUCUUUUAAUUAAAUCCACUCACUGCAUGGUAAUAAAAGCUUUUCUUAAAGAUGGACAGUGUUUGUUGACUUUGAGUUGGAGACUGUACAUAUAACGUCAUUGUCCACUAACAGCUGCCUGUUAUAUUUCCUUUACAGAGCUCAGUCAGGCAAACUAACUAAUUUCUCUGGGUUAUAGCUAUAACCAAAUAAAAACAGGCUACAAAUAAGUGUAAGCUACCAGAGUUACAAUAAUAAUAAUAAUAAAAAAAGAGGUUACCACAUAUUAGCAAACCAUGCUCAAAUUUGAAGUAUUCAUGUGAUUUUAAUGCAUCUACAUACACUUACCAAGGACUUUAUUUGUACUGGUUAAAAAAAUCUAACUUAAAGCCCCUGUUAGAAAUUUUUGUGUAAAGUUGAAUUUGGUGCCCCCUGUGGACAGAUUAGUAUUCCUACUCUUUUUUAAUAUUUUGUGAUUUAAAUGUGUAAAUCUUACUUUUGUAUUAUCCGUUGAAAAUCGUUGCCUCAGGAACUGCAAUAAAAGACUAAUAAGAGUUAAUUACUUUAUUGGACACGUCCCCUUGGCAGGGAUUUAAGGAGUCAAUAAUUAUAAUGUAUAAUUAGUCACUCAUGUUGCUAAUGGCCUUAUUUUCUUUUGUAGCUGAAAAUGAGACAUCCGUUUUAAUUUCAGUCGGAUUCAUUAUCAGAAAAAAAAAAUCCCACUGGAGCUUUAAAUACUGGAAAACAGUACAACUCUAUUUGCCUAAACUCUGCAGAAGGAUAUGCUGAAAACAUCAGGUCUCCUUUAAGCGGAUUACAGCGCCAGUGCAAAACACCAAUAGUUGGUAUAACUCUCUGAUUGAGCAGCUUUUUAACUAAGAUACAUUUUAAUUAUGCUGAUCACUCUUCAGCUAAUUUACUUAACUGACUUGUUUUUAAAACCUAGACUUCUGUAUUUUCUGACACUGUCUUAGUAUUGCUUAAAAAUUGCAAAACUUAAGAUAUUCUGCCACCCACAAUUAAAAGUGCAAAAUCUCAUUAAAAUACAAAAAAACAUGGAGGUACAUGUGAGUGUGCUGUAACACUGCUGUUAUGUUCUCCUGGGUCUUAUUUCUAUAGUGUAUAUAUUGUGUGUUGUGCUGAUGUGGGAGUACAUGGAAAGCUUCCAACAUGCCCACUUGUUACUUCAGGAACACUUUUCUGUUGUACUGAAUCCAGUAAACAUUAUAAUUCAAUUGUUGUCUUAUGAAAUAUCUUGCUUUAUCAAAUUAGUACCAUCAGAAUUAUUAUGUUUUUAAUGCAUGUUUUUUUAUGUUACGUCUAAUGAUGGCUGACCUUUUAGUUGACCAGAUGCAAUUUUGAUAGCUUUUAUACUCACACUAAGAGCUCUUGGCAGUAGUAGAAGUAUAAUACGUACAUGUGUUUUGAGGAGAUCCGUGUGUGCCUGUGUGUUUCUGCAGCUGUAUAGACUCAUGGUUUGAGAUCAAUCGGUCCUGCCCAGAACAUCCAUCUGACUGAAUGACUGACCGACCACCGGGCCCAUUAUGACUACUGUUCAAGGUGAGCUACAGACAUUGUCAAUUAUUUCCAGCUUGUUCAAGUUUGUCUGUACUAAAGCAAUUCAAAACCAGCACAGAUGCUGUAUGCAGCCAUACACUAUACUUUUAGGCCCAAUUACAGGCUCAGUGUGCAGCCCCUAAUAACAGGUGGGUAAACUGGCUCAAUUCAAGGCUUGUUGUAACUGAUUAUUUGUCUGAAUAAUCCUGAAGUAUAGGAUGUAAAAACAAUUAUUUUACUGCUUGCAAUAACAUCAAGACCUUCCUCACCUGAGAUCAUAAAUAUCAAAUAUAUUGAGAUCAACAAUCCCAGGUCAGACUGCUUUGACUGAAUAUCCACAGAAACAAGUUAGAGAAACAAACUAGGAUGCAUCACCAACCAACUUUCACAGCUCACAAUCAUAGCAGAGAACAUAAACACAACUGAGCCACGAGCCAAGUGAUAUAGUAUAUUGAGAAAAAGAGAGCAACUUGGGGAAUUAUGGUAGAAACACCAGUGCCUUUAUAAUGUCUCGUGCAAGAUACCUCACAAUGGCGCCGUUAGGGACAAAGCGUGGGUGUUUCUGCCACUGUGAAAUUCUUAACACAUUCGUGUAGUCUGGCAAUUUAGUGGACUCAUCUGGUGUGUGUUCAGAGGAUCUUCAUGCUAAAAAUCUGUCAGAAGUCUCUCAUGAUUUCCAAAUCAGCUGGGAUCCAAAAUAAUCCAAUGUGCGGUCAUCCUCAAGGUAGACCAAAAUGCUUUAGGUGUUAGCGCAGACUGUUUAAAGAAUGGACACUGUCUGCCUCCUCGCUGGGUAAAGCCACGGCAAGAACAGCACCCUCUGGUGACGGGCUGCAGUGUAGGUCCUAAAUCCCGCCUCCUCCAGCAAUCCCUAUGGAGCUGUGGACAAACUUUACAAAUGUAUUCCACAGAAUAUACAUUUUUCUGCCCCCUGCUUUGGAUGUUGACAUGUAGUUACUGUAGACUGGUUUGUGCUCAAGUCGUCUUUUUUCUCUGCAGCUCUUUUUUAAAAGUUAUUAGGGGGUUCAUGUUUUCUAUGAUUGACAAUUGAUACAGCCUAUAGGCGAUACGCUGUUUGAGCUGAGUGUCAUCACAGCAACUCCCGGCGACUCUCCCACUGACUCUCUACAAUGCUACUGCGCAAGUGGUGGUUCCAGGAAGUCAAGAAAAUCACAGAAAUACCGAGAACAAUUCGGCUUCAAAUUCAUAUAAUGACAGAAGGCAGAACCAAGUUGUCCAUAGUAUAUACAGUCUAUGGGUGUUAGCUCUGCUAGCUGUAGCUACAUUCAGCAAACUGCUUUAAUCUUGUUUUAUGAUUAUACUAUCUUGUUUAGCCACGUUGAAUAAAAUAAACAAAUGAAUGAAGUUUGUUUUGAAAUGGUGAUCAGCUGGUUCAACCAGGAAACAUAAAAAAAAUAAUCUAAACGUUUUUUUUUUUUUACAAAGUAUCUUUUGAGGUGUUGAAAUUCAAAUGGCACUUGCGCAAUUUUCAAUGUCAUACAGGUAAAUUCAUGUACAUUUCUACCUUACCUUUGGUCUGACAAGCCUUCAGAGCUCAUGCUAGUAUUGAAAAUGAACACGAGUUGAAAGUUUUAUUUCCUAUUGCUCAUCGUGUUGUACAGUUAUACACACAACAUGAGAAUUAUGAUAAAUAAAUAAUCAGAUUUCACUAAAACUAUCACUCUGGGAUUUCUUUUUCUCCCCCUCUGUCUCCAGGACAUCUAGUGGUCCUGCCAUGGAAAUGUGGACACAGCCGCAACCAAGUCCAGUGAAACAAUCAAAGUGAUCAACACAUACUUAUCCUGACAGAAUCCAUCAACCUUAUCGAGAUAAUUAUUCCUUGUGAACUGAACCAAAAAACGUGACUCCAAACCAUCAUACAUUUAACGGCCCCCUCCGAGCCCUCCAUUUUACAUCUGUUGAAGAGACUGCUUACAAACGCAACUCCCCCCCCUGCUCUUCCUUCCCUCCGGUCCCACUUUGAAGGCUGAUAGAUUCCCUCAAAGGGCUUCAUUUGCCUCAACUUCCCCUCCAACUCAAGUGUCCAUUUGCCUCCCUGAUGUGCUCAGGUCCUCGCAGGCCUCCAGCAGCUGGCCUCACAUCUCCAAUCUGGAUCAAGGCCUGUCCUGUCAGUCAUUUGUGACCAGCAGCCCUCCCAUGGCCUUAUAACUGUGGAGAACAGAGGAAGCAGAGCAGGGAGGGGCCGGAGAGCAGAGAGCGGAGAAAUACUUGAGGAAGAAAGACGAUGUGGAGGAGUGGGAGGAGAUCAUCGACAUAUGGAGGAUUGUUGAGUUGCAGAAACUUGCUUUUACAUUCAGACUUAUACAUUAUUCGAUGGGCCUCUCAUCUCAUGACAGGAUUCUCACUCGAUGACUUCCUCUUAUGACAGACCUGGUGUGCUUCUUCCUCACAGUCCCUGCCUCAGCUCUGCACACUCUCCUGCCAAUUUGAUGCAUCAUAUUCAAAUCUUCAAGCCCCCCAAAAAUGCUUCUCAGACCUGGUUUGUUGACACCAGGGCAGGCAGGGUGGGGUAACUGGAGGUUUAAAAAACUUUUAAAAACUUGGAUGUCAGCUUGUCUUGUAUGUACAGGAUGGAGGGGGUGGUUUAAAGAUGAAUCUGGGGUGGAGAACAGCAGUCUGAGCAUGCUCAGUUCUGAUCCAGAGGGGGGAAGGGGCCAGCAAUGUAGUGUUUGCUCCUACUGUGUAACGUGUGUUUGAGAUGCUCUGUCAGGCUUCAUCCAGUAUGUGUAUGUAAAUUAUGUGUGAGUGUGUGUGAGCUUGGAACUGUGACAACAUAGCUUUUGCUGAAGCCUAAUGUGUGUGUGUACACGUGUGUGUGUGAGAGAGACAGAGAGAGAGAGAGUGAGGGAGAGAGGGAGUGAGAGUGACAGACAGACAGAGACAGACAGCAUGAAAGGUCAGUGUAGAGGACUGACUGGAGCAGUGCUGUGUGUGUCUGUGUAUUGAAAUGUUUACAGUCUAGGUGUCCAUGUCCCCAGUGUGUGUGUGUGUGUGGGGGUGUGUGAGUGUGUGUGUGUUGGCAGUCCUCCCUUUACUUUGCUGAUGUUUACAGCUACAGAGAAGCGACAUGACAUAUUGUAAAUUAUACACCUAACCUCUCUGGGUUCUUUCUUUUUAAAUCUGCCAGAUUUUUCAUGUCGUCAUGGUUACUCAUUUUCUCAUGAGAGCCUCAACUGAGAUAGUGUGUGUGUAGUGUGUGUGUGUGUGUGUGUUUGUGUGCAUAUGACUGUAAGUGUGUGUCUGAGUGUGUGAUUCAAAAGGGCCCCUAUCGGUCUUUGCUACUGUCUGUCCCCCACAUUGUGUUUCUUCUAGAGAAGGUCUGGCUGACUGCAACUGGAGACGUGAGCCGCUCAGACCAGAAAAGGACUCUGUAGUCCCACUGUGGAUCCACUAGACGGGGCUUAUUUAUUCAUUUGUUCAUAUUUAACAAUAUUUGUUUAAUAUUCGAAUCAUGUGAGGUGUAACUCACUCUUCAGAAUGCCAAGAGCUGAUGUAUGACGACUACUACAAAUCAACAUACGAACAAACUGCAUUUACAAAGCUACUGUAAACAAAUGGUGGAAUAAAUUGUGCUAGAUGACAGACUCUAUUUUGUACUUUCAUUUCCUGACCCAGAUACAUCUUGUACACACUGAACAGCAGUGGGUUUCCCGUCACUCAUCCUGAUCCUGGGGGCUCUCUAGGCCUGUACAGACACAGUUUUCAAGAAAUAGCCUUCUAUCAGUAAGAC